UUGUGUUCCUAUGCAGCCCUCCCAAUAAUAGAAUCCUGAGGAAGAGCACGCGAGAGCACCCCUGAAAUUGGGGAGAUCUCGCCCACAAUGGGCGCCAAUGCUAGCGCCGCUUCUCUGCCAGUGGCGGAGGCAAUAGGGUGGGUGAGGCAGGCAGCAGUGGCAAGGCAGGCAGGCACUUCCCAUUUCGCCUCCAGCAGCAAAAUGGAACGUGCCACCCCUCCUCACAGAGCUACAAUUCCCAGCACCCUAAACAAGCUAUGGUUCCCAGUAUCCCUUGGGAGAAGUCAGGUGCUUUAAAUGUACGGUGUGUGCACAGCUUUAGUGUAGCAGGUAAUGCUGGGGCAGAUGAGCCAAAGUUUUGAUUCACUUUAGGGUUCGAGUCUCCGCUCCUCCACAUGCAGCUGCUGGGUGACCUUGGGCCAGUCACACUUCUUUGAAGUCUCUCAGCCCCACUCACCUCACCUCACAGAGUGUUUGUUGUGGGGGAGGAAGGGAAAGGAGAAUGUUAGCCGCUUUGAGACUCCUUAAAGGGAGUGAAAGGCGGGAUAUCAAAUCCAAACUCUUCUUCUUCUUCUUCUUCUUCUUCUAGGGCGCCCUAUGUUCAUAAAAGGAGCAAGAGGAUAAAGCAAAGACAUGAAGGCAAGGUGGGUUUUGAGGAGGGAUUGAAAGAGAAAGGAGAGAAACAGAACCACAUACAGUGGUACCUUGGGUUAAAAACUUAAUUUGUUCCGGAGGUCCAUUCUUAACCUGAAACUGUUCUUAACCUGAAGCACCACUUUAGCUAAUAGGGCCUCCUGCUGCCGCCACACGAUUUCUGUUCUCAUCCUGAAGCAAAGUUCGUAACCUGAGGUACUAUUUCUGGGUUAGCGGAGUCUGUAACCUGAAGCGUCUGUAACCUGAAGCGUAUGUAACCCAAGGUACCACUGUAUAUGCUCAGGAAGUGAGUUCAAUAGACAAGGAAACAAUAGUGGAGAAUGGGUGAGCUGUUUAAGGAAGCAGGAGACGUUUGCCCAGCAGAGGGCAGCAGAAUUCAAGGAGCACAGCUCUGCCACUGAGCUGCAGCCAUCCCCAUUGCAAGCUCAUCCAAAGGAAACAACCUUCUAGUACUUCACCAAAACAUGCCACCACUCUGGAAAGUGGGAAGUGUUUUAGGGGACAUCUGUUUGUGUUGAGCAGUGGGACGUAGGCAAGCACCUAGCGAGACAGCACCGGUUCUGGAAUGCGGCAAUAUCCUGCCCCCUGCCUCCCUAAUAGUAAAUUAGACCCUCCAUCUAGUCAGCUGCAAAACCUAGAUUUUUGUCUCCUUUCCUGGACAUUAUUCAAGUCUGCUCUUCUUUUACCUGGGCAUGCAGUGUGUCCUUGCCCACUGGUCCAUGUAGUUCAGUAUUGUUGACUCUGACUGGCAGCUGCUCUCCAGGGUGUCAGGUGGGAGCUUUUCUCUGGAGAAGAUGAGAGAUGGAUGUUGGGAUCUUUUGCAUGUGAAAUGACCAGGUUUUAUUGAUUCAGGGGCAAGGUCACUCAGUUAACUCCAGAUCGACUCAAACUAUGCCAGCCUCUAUUAGCUGCCUGGAUGCGGAUUUGCCAAUAAGUGGUGCUCUGGAAGGGACGGGUGGGAGAGCCUCCAUUUUGAAUCACCUUGAUUGCCGCUGUAAAUAAAAAUGAUUAAAUCUGAUUGCAAAUAAAAAAAUGAUUGUGCUGGCUACAUACACCUUGACUUUUGCUGGCAAAAAGACCAGUUAAACUGCACUCAUAAGUGGUUUGAAAACCAGCAUUUUAAAACUUGAUUAGCAGUUUGGCUUGUGUGUCGUCCCCCCGCAACCCGGUCUUUCUUGAAAUGUGUCCUUUGAUGCUUUCAUUACUUUGUCCUGCUAUCUUCAGUCACACACACACACACACACACACACACACACACACACCCUCUUGCUCGUGGCUUUUCAUCAACAGACAAGCCAAUUGUUGCAUUCAUGGGCUGGGACUGAGGGGGAACCGUCCUUGCUCCCCACCCUAGCGGGAAGCCAUCUUACAAAUUCCCGGCCACUCGUGGCUCCGCCGUUCCUGGCGCCCAGCAGCGUGGAAGGACAAUCUAAUCAAGGGUUAUUAAAUGCAGAUACAACCCCCCCAUCCAGGCUCAGGCUAUAAAAUCUGGAGCCUUCACGUUUAUUGGGAACUGAGGUCAUGGCUGUGCUGCCCCAGGGGAAAUGAUGGGAAACAGCGAUUUCCUACCCUGCUGUUCUUUGCAGAUGCUCUCCCACAUCCUAUCCUGAAAUGCUCCAGUAUCCCUUGCAACUCCCCAUGCCCCACAUUUAAAAGCACGUGAUUUCCCCCAGAGAAUCCUAGGAAAUGUAGUUUGUUAAGGGUGCUGUGGGUUGUAGCUCUGCGAGUGGGAAACUACAGUUCCCAGGAUUCUUUGGGCAGGGGUCGUGUGCUUUAAAUGUAUGGCGUGGAUCUGCCCAUGGUCCUGGGAUUAGAGUAGAUGGAGUAGAGGUGGCAUCAAGACUUGGGGCUCAGCCACACUUUUCUGCUCGUCCUGCGCCCAGAAAGCAAGGAGGAUCCAAGCGGUUUUGCAUUUGCCCCACAGCUUUCCCUUGGAAAACUGCUGGUUUUCCUACCUAGGGGAAAGCUGCAGGGCAAAUGGAGGUACAGAUGAGCCCCACUCGCGGUGGGAUUAGAGGUUACUUCAACCUCAGUACUUUCUUCUGCAACAUGGAAUUACAGAUACUUGUUGAGCAACUGAAUGAGAUUUAGGAAACUAAAAAUACUGCAUCAUUAUAAUGCUAACAGUUUAGCAAAAAUGUUUUGUUUGGGGGGUGGGAAUAGUUAAGGGGGGGGGUUAUAUAAUUAAGCAUGGUGUGGAAAAAAUGGAUUGAGCCUUUGUCCUCUCCCAAGAUACUAAGAAGUGAGGGCACUCAAUGAAAUUGAGGAACAGUAGACUCAGGAAGAAAAGCAAUGAUAAACCUAGACAGCAUAUUAAAAAGCAGAGACAUCACCUUGCCAACAAAGGUCCGUAUAGUUAAAGCUAUGGUUUUCCCAGUAGUGAUGUAUGGAAGUGAAAGCUGGACCAUAAAGAAGGCUGAUCGCCAUUCAAUUAUGGUGCUGGAGGAGACUCUUGAGAGUCCCAUGGACUGCAAGAAGAUCAAACCUAUCCAUUCUUAAGGAAAUCAGCUCUGAGUGCUCACUGGAAGGACAGAUCGUGAAGCUGAGGCUCCAAUACUUUGGCCACCUCAUGAGAAGAGAAGACUCCCUGGAAAAGACCCUGAUGUUGGGAAAGAUGGAGGGCACAAGGAGAAGGGGACGACAGAGGACGAGAUCGUUGGAUAGUGUUCUCGAAGCAUGAGUUUAACCAAACUGCGGGAGGCAGUGGAAGACAGAAGUGCCUGGCGCGCUCUGGUCCAUGGGGUCACGAAGAGUCGGACACGACUAAACGACUAAACAACAACAACAACAAAACCAGUGCCUCUUCACACAGUACAUAAUUAAAUUAAGGAAUCUGCAGUGGUGCCCCCUACUUUAGAAGACUUAGAAGGGGGAUAGACAAAUACCUUGAGAAUAGACGGGUAUGUCAGUGGUAAUUCACCACGAUAAAUACAUGGAAAUUCCAUGUUCAAUAGUAGUAUAGCUGAAAAUGUAAGUUGCUGGAGGGAGGCAACAGCCAGGAAGGAAUAUUGCCCCCAUGCCUUGCUUGUUGGCUUCCUGGAAGCAUCUGAUUGGCUACUGUGGGAAACAGAACUGUGGGUUUAGUCAGGGCUGGGGAACCUGUGGCCCUCCAGAUGUUUUUGGAUUCCAGCUUCCAUCAUCCCCGACCACUGGCCAUGCUGCCUGGGGUUAUUGACAGCUGGAGCCCAACUUGUGCUGACCAUUGCUUUGGCAAACGGCAACUUUAUAUUUACUUAUUUAUUUGCUUUUGCACUCAAUUUAUGUAUUUAUUAGCUUUUGCCCUCUUUUAAACUGGUGCAGUCACAGGUUUUGGGCACUAGAGGUCGCCAACCCCUUUUUGGAAGAAAAAGAUGAGCAGUUAUUUCUAAAAUUGAGAUCCCUCAGUUUACCUGAUGUUAACCAGAUUAAACAUGGGCACCUCUCCCAGCCCCACAUCUUUCUUAGAUGCAUAGAAAUUUGGCAAUUUGCAGCAUCUCUCUCAUUGGUUGGAGAUAAACCACGACUUUAGGCUACUCUUAUGAAAGACAGAAGGGACCCUCCAGCCUGGCUGGGUGUUGUUGUUUGUGGCAUAGCCUUCAACAUAUAAUUAAGGCCGCAUUGACACAAUACAUUUUGAUACUGCUUCUUUAAACAGUCAUGGCGUCCCCCAAAGGAUUCUGGGAGCUGCAGUUCUUCAAAGGGCUCUGAGAGUUGUUAGGAGGCCCCCAUUCAUUCCCUUUGCAGAGCUACAAUCCUUAAAGUGGAAGAAUAAUGGCCUACUCACUGUGGGAACCAAAGUGUUUGGCUGGUUGUUGCCUAGAGGGAAGGAUCUCUGCAGAACACUCAGCAAAGAAGAAGCAAUAUAAAGAGCUCCAGCCUUUUCCAUUGAGUUAUGUAAGGGCUGCUCCACGUUGCCCUGAAAACCUCAAGCACCCUCCUCUGUUUUUCAGGGUAAGUAGUAGCUCCGUUUCCUAAAAAACUCUGAAAAAGCAAUGUGUUUUAAAAGACUACCUCAUGAUCAUUUCUUUGGGUAAGGCUUAAAAGAGAGAGAGAAAGGGCUCUCAGCAACAGGAAGGUCCAGUUCUGCCUCAGUGGGGUUAUACUGGUAACAAACUCAACUUUUCCCACUUUCUGUCUGUCAGUGCAAAAUAUAGACAAUUGGAAUCAGACUUCCAGUACACACUUCUACUCAGAAGUAAGACUCAUUCAGUUUAAUGGGGCUGCCUCCUAGACAAAUCCAAAGAGUAUUGGAUCGUAACCUCAGGCUGCAUUCCUUAACCCACUUACCUUGACGACUUGCUCUGUGAGUUGCCCAUGCUUUAGCCCCAUUUGUUUCAAUGGGACAAAAGUGUGACUGACUUAGAGUCCUGUAUGCAUUUACCUGCAAGCUCCUGCCCACCUAGCAGUUCAAAAGCACAUCAAAGUGCAAGUAGAUAAAUAGGUACCGCUCCGGUGGGAAGGUGAACGGUGUUUUUGUGUGCUGCUCUGGUUCGCCAGAAGUGGCUUAGUCAUGUUGGCCACAUGACCCGGAAAGCUGUCUGCGGACAAAUGCCGGCUCCCUCGGCCAGUAAAGCCAGAUGAGCACCGCAACCCCAGAGUCGUCCAAAACUGGACUUAACAGUCAGGGGUCCCUUUACCUUUACCUUUAAGUCUGGCUGAAUUAAGUGGCACUUACUCAUGAGUAGACAUUUAUGAGUGUGUUAUUAGUCUGCAUCGAAGUCACAGGACUUUCACCAUUGAGAUGCCAGCAACAUCUGACACUGCUCUGCAGUGCACCCUUACACACUGCAUUGCAGUGCAGAAUUACAGAUCUAAUUACAGACCAUGGGGGGGGGGAGGAAUCAAAAUCAACACAAUCUCACUGCAAAUCGAAAUCUAGCACAUCAGGGAGAAAGUAUAUAUCACAGUCCUUUGUCAGCCUGUGGUCAUUUUCUAAUUGGCAGAUAGUUUUUAACAUAGGGGAGCGUUCAGAAAUGUGACUGCCUUCGUGAGGUCUGGAGCGCUGCAGUUCAUUCUGCUACAUCAGCACUGUGCCAACUCAUUCACUUGCAGGAAUAAGUUAGUCCUAGGAAUAGGGUUUCCAAAGCAAAGGUGGUUCUUUUUCCAAAUACUUCAUGUGGUAGUUGUUUGUUUGUUUGUUUGUUGCACUUAUUAGUUGGGUUGCUUUACAAAAAGUAACCAAGAGCAACUUUUAAAAAUGGUGCAUACAUUAAAACCAACGAAAAACUAAAAACAUAUUCACAUUUAUAAAAAGGCGGGACUAACACAUCCCACCUACCCACUAAAAGAGACCAUAGACAAUUAAAGGCCAAAUAAAGGUCUGGUGGAAGACACAUGCUUUUGUUUGGCACUUAAAAAUAAACAGUGAAAGUGCCAGGUAUGCUUCCCUGGAGAGAGUGUUCUUCACGUGGUGAGCCACCACUGAGAAGGCCCGUUCUUGUGUCAGCACCCUCUACAGCUUCCUUGGAGGGGGCGCACAGAGAAGGGCCUUGGAUAAUGAAUGCAGUGUCUGAGUUGGUUCAUGUGGAGAGAGGUGGUCCUUGAAGUAUUGGAGUCCUGAGCCCCAUAAGGUUUUAUAGGUCGAAACCAGCACCUUAUGAAAUCUGUGGCUAUGCCUGGAACUGAAGCUCGGGGGUAGAGCACAUCCUUUGCACGCAGAAAAUCCCCGGCAUCUCCAGAUGAAAAACAAAAUUCAGUGAGCAGGUGUUGGGGAAGACCUCUUUGCUUGAGAAGCUGGAGAGCUGCUCCCCCCGUCAGAGUAGACAAUAGUGGCUACGAAGCAGCAUCCUAUAACCACACCAACAUUUUCUGUAGCUAGUGUGCAUGGGAAGUCCUAGCCCUCCCUAGCAGGUGGGGAGCUAUGUCUUUCAGCCUACACUUACCCACUGCUGAUGCCACCCAUGCUUAAGACUUAAAAGGGAGCAUCUUCCCUGUGCCUGGGUCCUCCAGGCCUCGAGGGCUGAACUCCCUAUCGUUCCUUGCGGCCGGGACUUGGCUUUUUGCUCCCGCCGUGAUGGCCUCACACCCUCUGGUUGGGACAGACGACAAGCCGCUGUGAUGAAAACAGGAGGUCGCGGCCACGAUCGUCCUGUCUGAAUCAACCACAAACCCACCGGGGCCCUCUAAGUAGAGUCACAGCAAAGAGGGAACACCCUGCGCACCAGGCACCGGCCCAGGAGGAUGGGGAAAAUGCAAACAAAACCAUUGUGGAUUGGGUGGUUUACAGAUGCCGUUCCAACCCAAGGGGAGCGGAGCAGAACGGGAGCGGACUCUACUUGUUGUGAAGCAACUGUGUUGUUGUUGUUGUUGUUGUUGUGGGGAGUGAGAUAGUCCUGCGGCUGAACCGUCAGAGUUACGUUAACCGGCAUUCACGCAAAUGUAAAGUUUGCCAUUGUCUAGAAGCAGGCUAACAUUUAAAACACACACAUACACCCUUGGCUUGGUGGCCAAAAGCAGGAGGGGGAAAAGGGCUGGUUCAAUCCCAGCCUAAUGGGCCAGAAUGAAGGUGGCCGGGAGCCAGGACUCCUGGGUCCUCUGGAGAGCCGGGAGUGGUGGUGGUGGUGGUUGAGAAGCUGCCGAAGGGGAGUAGGAUCACGGCUCUGUCUGAGGGAGGGAGGAGAGGAUGGUAGGGAGUAGGACAGGAAUUGGCUCUGCUUCCCCCUCAAGUAGGCUGCCUCCCAAACCUCAGACUGGGCAAGAGUUCAGAGUGAGCGAGGAAUGGAACAGCGGAGGCUUAGCUUGUCUGAUGGUGCUGGAGGUAUGGCUGGCCAGCUCCAAGGGAGGGAAAAGCCUGGAGCCCUUUGUAGGGGGGAUGCCUCGGAGAGCUCACGGAGGCAGCUGGUUCAAAGUCGGAAUGUGCUGGCUUGGGCCAAAUUCUCUGAAAAGGGACCUACAGAGUGCAGAAGGAUACACCCUUUUGUUAGGAGCCGUCUGACUCUCUUACUCUCUUUCUUCCCCACUUCACUUCCUCCAGCCACCCCUCAGACCUUCCUUCAAGGCUUGCAAAGAAGGUUCUUGGGAUUCUGUGGCCAAAAAGUGGGAGCAAGGGAUUCUGGGAGCUGGGGUUCCUGGCUUUUCCAGGAGUAGUGAGGUUUGUAGGUUGAGCUGGGCUGGUGCUGCUGAGAAAUGUAGCGUGAAACUUCGGAGCAGCGGAAGUGACGGAAUUAGGCAAAGCCUACUGGCACCUGUCAGAAUCUUGCACCAAAAAUUUGCAGCUCCUGGCAGAAGUCAAUGAGGAAGUAGGGGAAAUGAUCCCAGGGUUCUGCAACAGCUGAUGAGCUAAAUUUCCAAACUUCUCUGUUUCAGAAUAUAAUCCUUGCUGCUGCACACUUAUCUGUCAUAUUGCAUCCACCUCUUCCUCCUUUUCAAAAAUACGCUACUUGUCUUCAUUGCAGCCUCUUGAGCUAUGCCACUAUUAUGCCUAUUUUACAGAUGGGGCACAAUUGGCACUUUUUUGCAGCUGCUUCCAUCAGAGCAGGUUUCUUACUCUGUGAGUAUGCAGCAGGGAACCAGUGGUAGUUUUCCAGCACAAGUAUGUGGAGCAAAAACCUAUGUGCCAGGUUGAUGCAUGUUUAUUUCUGCAGAGAAUUGUGCAGAGACCCUCUGUGGGAUUUGAACCCAGGACCACUAUGCCCGCUCUGGCUCUCUUGUCACCCAGUAGCUUUUAGCACCCAUGGCCUUAGGGAGGGCUUAUCUCCUUUGUGAUAUGCAUUCAGGACUGGGCUUACUGUUGGGUCACAUGGCUACACUGGGGGCUGAUGUGAUGAUACCUAUUGGGCGAGAGACAAGGAGGCCAACAUUUGGUGAAGCCAAAGUCAAUGGCAAGCAGAGCCAACUAAUUCACAUUUUCUCCCUGUCCUCCUGUUGGCUGAAUUCUGCAAGGGCGGCACUGAGGCUGAGGAAAGGGCAGCUAGGGGCCAGUGGCACCCUCCAGGCUAGUGGUAAGUUGUGGGCUGGCUGGCCGAAGACUAGUGGGACAGUGCCUUCACUGCAUGGAUAUCUCUCUGGGGUUCCAGGAACAGCUGGAAGAAGCCACCUCUUUGAUAUGAAGUGGAGGUCGGGGCCCUUCAGUUGCUAGGCAACAGCAAAGAACCUCUAUUCCCCUAGAGCCAGAAGCCAAAAGGCAGCUCUUUGUGGGUUGCCUAACAACCAAUGGGCCUACUCCCCAACCACUUUUCGGCUGGGACCAUGCUGCUUUGCGGGUGUGUGUAGUCGUAGUAACAGUGACUGACGGCAGGCCCGGCCUCAGUGCUUGGCAUUAGGCAAGCGUCUGCUAGGGCCCAGCACCAACUGGAGCCUCUGCAAUUGCCUUGGCAGCAAGGAAGGGAAGCAACAAUUUGCUCACCCUCUGGGACCAUCUCCACCAUGGGGCGAUAGCAAGCCGGAGGAGCUGCAGCUGCCAGCCAUUCAACCUCCCUCUUUUCUGUUUCUGGGCCCAAGCCGCCAAUAUGGGGUGGUGGAGGCAAGCUGCGGUGAGGAGGAGGACCCACAAAAGCCUAGAACCAGCCCUGAGUGAUUGACAAUCCCCCUUCUUUGGAGUUAGGAGAAGGGGAGGAUGGAAGAGGGAGCAGGACGAGCUUAGAGCACAAAGGGAACAAGCUCAGUGUACCAAAGAAGAGCAGGGUGCGUGGAUACGUGACCUUGCAGGAGGGAAUGAAUGCAGUGACUAGGGGCUGGCCUUGUGGGUACAGAUAUCCCCCUCCCCUUCCCUCCUUUGAGACAGAAAUUAAUUCCUUCGGAGCCUUCUGUUUGAAAUCCUAAACUGACGGAAUGUUUGUGGCAUCCAAAAGUUUAGAGCUUGCCUUCAGCAUUGCAGGAUUCUGGCUGGCUUUUGAUGUUAACAGUCCGGGUUGUUCCUGGGGUGUGUUGGCACGUCUCUGUACCCCUGCCUCCCCCAAGAAGCUGCUCCCCACCCACCCACUCACUCCUAAUUCUGUUUUAAGACUUUUUUUUUUGCUUCGUGCAGCGCAGUGCUUAUUUUCAUCUGUCAAAAUGCGGAAGGGUCUUUUACUAGCCAUCUGGCAGCAUCUGCUGCUGAAUACCUCGUCUUGCUGAAGAAUAGGGAGAGUUGACUGACACACACACACACACACACACACACACACGGGAACCUCCCACCAUGGCUGUUUCAGCUCCGUCACCUGCUAGCUAAGAACUUUUCCGUCUCAGCGCAAAAAAUGACACGGACUCGCUGGAACGACUCAUCCGCCCCAUGAGCGCAGCAACCUCAAGAGUCUAACCGCCGUGCCCAAAAAGUGACCCCACCCCUGGCAACGCGUCCCGGAUUCCCCUGGAAUGUCUAGACGCCAGUCCGGACAAGAAGCCAGCCUUCCUUUUGCACGGGAUUCCCUGUCGCGCAGGAGCCAAAACCAGGCUGGCAAUGGGGACUUGGAACAUGGCAGAAGGGGUUGCUAUUCUGUUUUGUUUUUUUUCCUUUUUGGCCGGGGGAUUCCCUGAAGGCUGCUAUAAAGCAAAAGGAAUGAAGUCACGUCCUUUGAGGCUGGCUCAAAGGUCAUGCACACUGUCAGGCUUCCGUGCUGUGGCUUCUUCCCCUGGGCUCUAGUACACAACACAAGAAGAUGCAAUAGCGUCAUCAAUAACAACGACUACCGUAAUAAUUACUAUUAAUAUAGAACCAUGAAGUACUCUUUGCAGAGGGCACGGAGGAGCUUACAAUCUAAAAUUCAGCGCAGAGGUGGGGAAGGAAACUGUGGCAAGGGUAAACAGGGAAAGUUGUAUGCACCUGAGGUUUGGUGGCAGGUUACAGUUGGUUACCGUAAGAUGUGAAAAAUAGGAAUUGCGCCAAAGGAGAUACUAGAGUUGUGCCAGAUUCAGGACACUGGGCCAGCUUCUGUUUCCAGUGCUGUGCUUCAUUCCGGAAAUAUGCUGGGAAUUGAUAAGAAAUAGCAUCAGAACAUAUGCAGAGGGUGCUUUCCUUGACUGCUAGGUCAAUACUGGCUCCCACAGGCACAUCUGAAGGCCUCCAGGCUGACCAUUCUUGGCUGUGAGUCCUGGAAGACCUGCUCUCUGCCUUGCAGACCUUUUCCCACCUGGCCUGGGAGGCCUGAUCCCUGACUGACUCCAACUACAAAAGCAGAGACUGCUGAACAGACUUUGGGGUUGGGAUGUUGUUUAGAGGGGGUUCUGUUGGGUGGGGGGGGGUUGUUGCUGUUAUGGAUAUAUCUAUCUAUCUUUAGAUUUUAUGGUUUAUGUGAAAAUGGUUUAAUUUGGCUGUGUACUUUUUGAUGUUUCGUUUAUUGUUUAUGACUAGUUUUGCUAAGUUUGUAAUUGUAUUUUUGUUUCAUGCUGUAAGCCACCUUGAGCAUGGUUUAACUAUGGCAAGGAGGCAUGCAAAUACUGUAUAAUUAUAGAUGGAUGGAUGGAUGGAUGGAUGGAUGGAUGGAUCUGAGCAACCACAGGGGAGCCCUUGAAGCAAAGUGAGGAGGCAGCUGUACAUGGCUGUACAUGUUUAUUUGAAGCUGCUCCCCAUACAGUUCAGGUAACUUUUGAGUGUUACAAAAUAAGGACUAUCCCAGACCUUCUCCCCAGGCCACAUCCAUUGUCCCCUGGCCAGUUCUGCUCUGCACCAUCCUUCUGUACAUUUACCUGACUGGGAUAACGCCUCUUUCUUGCCCAUAUGGAUGGUGAAAAGAUGUGUGUAAACAUCAGUCUUUUAUGUGGCUGGAAUGUAGCUUUUGUCCCUGCCUCCACCACCUACAUUGGCAUGUGGUCCCCUGGAAGAUCACCAUGAGGACAUGUGUCUCUUUGUGUGAAAAAGGCUCCCCAACCCCCAACCCCCCGGUUUAGAUAAUUAGACAUUUCUGCACCCUGCACAGACUUACAUAUCUGUAACUCCACACCCCCACACCUUUUCAAUCUUCCAGCAAAAAUGACAAUCACAGUUCAAGAUUGUUGCCUUUUGGUUUUGUCCCUUACAUGAACUUUAAGACACUUUGAAAAUACUGUUAUUUCAGGCAACAUGCAGGAAGCUGCAAAAGCAAGCAGUAAUUGAUCCACUCCAUUCCAAGUGGUAAAAACAAGGCACAGCCGAUUUGCCCCACAGUGUCUAUAUUCAGAUGUCCUGGGCCUAAACAAUAGCUUGGUGUGAUGAGAAUAAGCCAUGGUGAGCCUUGCACAAUUCCCUCUCCUAUUUCCCUCUCCUCUGAAGAGUUCAGGAAGUUUUGCUGCUGAUUUUGCUGCUGUGUUUAAACUCUAAACUGUGGUUAAUGGUAACUGCGACUUGCCUAAAUAAGUCAGUUCAUAACCCAUGGUUUGAAGUUCACUUGUGUGAAAGAAGACUAAUCAUGGGUUGUUGUUUUUUUGGUUUGGUUAGCACAAGAAGCUGUGGUUCACAUAAAUCAGUGCCAAAAACUUUUACACUCCUCCUUGCUGCUUCUCACAGCUCUGCUAGACUGGUAUAUGGGAGUGUACAAGCCCAUGGUUUGCUGUGGCUUGUUCUUGUUAUGCUAAACCACAGUUUAAUGCUUUGGUACGAUGUCUGAACUGGGCCAGACAGUCCAAUGUACGAACAGAUUUUCUUCCAUUCCCCUGCUUUGCACAGGCAAAUGUGAGUAGACACACAAGAGACCUGUGCUCUGGGCAGCCUUAAUGCACCAGUCACACUGCCUUAAUGAUGGCCGGUGUUCCACUGGCCCUUAGACACAGUGGAACACACAGCUCAGCUCCCAUGUAUUUCCAAACACAGGGCGCAAUUCAGAAUUUGCUUGUUCUGAAACCCUCACAGAACUUCAGCCUUCAGCCCAUAUAGAUGCCCUGGCUGGUGUUCCUUUGUGCAUAGAUCUGCUGGAAGCGUUGUGUGUUUGGGCUUGAAUGCGUUAACGUGUGUGGCUGCAAAUGUAUACGUGUGUCCUAUUACUUGCAUGGAGUACAAGAUGCUCUCCCUCCCUGUCCUUCUUCUCUGUCCCCCUCCCCCAGCCUCCCCUCUAAACCAAUGCAAAUCCCCAACUCCGUAGCCAAACCGCACGGCAGUCCCCCUCCCUGCACCCCCUCCUUUGCCUGCAUCACGAAAAGAUUUGGACAAGAGCUGGGUCUCUGUCUCUGAAGGGAGGGGACACUUGGCACUUUUGCGUAAGGGUGUUUGUGAGGAUCCUGCAGGCCUCCUGGCACAAAUAGGUAGACCAAAUGGGGAAUGGGGGGGGGGGAGAGAGAGAGAGAGAGAGAGAGUUGUGUGUCUGCUGCACAUUUUCUUUAAUCCCAGCUGCUGAUUCAGCAGAUUUUCCACACAUAACCCAGGAAUUCUCUCUAGCCAGGAACACUGUUUCUCUGUUGUUUGUACUUGGACCAUGUUCAAGGCAAGGGCUGGGGGUUGAGGGACCGUGGGGGGUGGGAGAGAGAGAUGAACAGGAUCCACAGACUUUAACCUGAUAUGUUGAACUUUCUGUGUCGGGAGUCAAGAUCGAAGGAUGUUGGUAGGACUGGGGAAAGCCCAGAAUUCAUGGCAGGAUGUGUGGGUGGAGAGGUGCAAAUUGGAGAUUGGAUGCCUUGGUGGAGAUGAGAGGAAGAAGGAAGGCAAGUUGGGAUACAGUAGGCAUCUGUAGGCUAGGACUGACAUAUCUCAGCAGCAUGCAGGUGGGGAGGGUCCAGAUAGGGAAGCCACUUUGCUUGCAGAAGGUCCCAGGUUCAUCCCCCAGCUGGAAGGUUUCGAAAGGAUCAGGUAGCAGAAGAUAGGGGGAGACCCUUCCCUGUCUCACACCUGACAGCAAGAGCGGACAAUACUGGGGUAGAUGGACAGGUAACCUGACCCAACACAAGGCAACUUCCUGGGUUUCUAGGGGGUGACAAUACUUGGCUACCAAGAGAAGACCCCGGUGGCUCUGUGGUCUAAACCAGUGAGCCUCUUGGGCUUGCUGAUCAGAAGGUCGGCAGUUCGAAUCCCUGCAACGGGGUGAGCUCCCAUUGCUUUGUCCCAGCUCCUGCCAACCUAGCAGUUCGAAAGCACACCAGUGCAAGUAGAUAAAUAGGUACCGCUGCAGUGGGAAGGUAAAUGGCAUUUCCGUGCGCUCUGGUUUCCGUCACCAUGUUCCAUUGGCCACAUGACCCAGGAAAGAGCUGUCUAUGGACAAACGCCAGCUCCCUCGGCUUGAAAAGCCUUUGACUGGACCUAACCAUCCAGGGUCCUUUACCUUUUUUACUAAGAGAGCCCAGGUGGAGGUCAUGCUUGAGGUGUAUUUGCGAACAAUUCUACUGACUCAUCCUGCUUCCCAGACGGCGCUUAUGGGACAGCACCUGCCGUUGCUUUCCCAGCGUGUGCCCUUCCUGGAGGGUGCGCUCAGCCCAGAUUCCCGGAGCUGUUGACAUACUGCGCAUUCCUGCUUUUGCAUCAGCGGCUUUUCGCCCGACUGCCUCUCUUAUCCCCGUCCUGGAACCUGGCACUCAGCUGCUCAUGCAAUCAACCAAAGGCUACGGAUUCUGAGCAUGAGGCAGGAUGAGGUAGCGGAACACUUUGGGUUCCAGGUACAGGGUAGGGUCAUGUGGGGGUUUUUUUUGUAAUUCACCCCCUCCCACCUACUCACCCACAUAAAAUGUUAGCUCAGGGAGAUGGCUAGGCUAAGCCUUUCUCUCUUGUGAGUUAGGGCUCAGCCAGACUUCUGCUUCCCCCAUCGCUUCCCCCCAGGAAAACUCGAUCUUUGCUGCUGAACUGGAGCAAACAACAAGUGUGGACGGGGCCUGUAGUUAACAUCCUGGGAGAGAAAAACAACAGCAAUGUGGUUGCAUCGUUAAGUGGGACCGGAUUAGAGAAAUUCUCAGAGGAUAAGGCUUUCAGUGGCCAUGAUGGUUAUGUCAGAGGCAGUGUGCCUCUGAAUAUCAGUUGCCAGGAAUCUCAAGGGAAGAGUGUUGCUGUUGGCCUCAGGUGCUUCUUUCAAGCCUCCCCCCUGGUUGGACACGGAGAGAACCGAGUGGUAGACUAGGUGGGCCGCUGGCCUGAUCCAGCAGCAGGGGUGUUCUUGUUUCCUUCUGAUUGUGGAAUACACACGUCCCUCCUCCUAUGGCUCUCCUUUCCAUUUUUCCAUUUUAUAUGUAUUUUUAAACUGAAUAUAGGUAUUUGGAAGGGGUAAUACCAAUACUCAGUUUACCUCAGUUUACUCAGUUUCAUAACUAUACCCACUUUAUGUAUUUAACACCCCCCACCCUCUGCAAUCCCACAUGUGGGUGUCAGUACAUCAAAAACCACCUAACCAGAAAAAGUAUCUCAGCAUCCACCUCUAUCCUACAUUUUAAUGAGCCACCAAAACCUAGUUCAGGUAAAAAAUGCUUUACAGUGUGGUUUAUCAAAUAACCACAAACAUAGUGAGAGUUUCGGCAUUUCUUUUUACAUCAAUCCAGUGGAAAAUUCUCCUGUGCCUUCUCCAUUACAAUUGCACGCUUGCGCGUGCGCGCACACACACACACACACACACAAAACUGUAUUAUAAAUAUGUUCGUUGAUGCUUCUGUGUUUGAAAUGUAUUGUGGGAUAUGACCGUAGAGGUCCGUGUUAAAUUCCCCAUGUAUUUGUGAUGUGGGACCAGUCCCUCAGCUAUCAGCCGAUCUUCCCUCGCAGGAUUGUCGUGAGGAUGAAGGUAUGCGUGUGAGCUCCUUGUAGGAAGGGCAAGGUGAACGAUGUAAUAAUUAACUUUAAUCAAUUAACAGUCAUUAACUUUUGUUUUGAAAUAACAACAAUCAAACUCUCCAAGCAGAUUGUCUGUUUUUAAACCUGUUUUCUGUCUUGUAGUUGAGUGUGCCGAUAUCUACGACUCUCAGAACUUCAUUUAAUGUGCUGUGUGUGUGUGUGUGUAUGUGUGUGGUCUUAAAAACGCUUCUCAAAUGCAUUUUUUAGAAUUUACUCCAUGCGUGGUAUAAUAGAUGUUGAAAAGAGUUGCCUUUCUGCACAUCCAUCUGCUCAUAUUUGUCUGCCCGUCAUUGACCUACCUAGCGAUCAGAUCGCCUAAGGUUAGGCUGCCUGUUGUCUGUGAACUGCUGCUCCUUGUGGUUAUAGCUCCCCUGUCCAGCCCCCAGGAGAGUCAUAACUCUGCGGUUGGACAUGCCAGCUCUCCCCCCCCCACCCCAGUAGCUCUGACGUGGCAGGAAGCGUCAAGGGGGAUGUUUAGAUAGGACCAAACUCUGCCGUCAGCAGCGCACACUGUAAUCCAGGCUCUUGUGUCAUCGGGACAGUGAGAGAGAUGGGAUUCACACCAGAGUGUGCACAGUCAGUGGCUGGAAAGGGGAAAGGAGAUCUAGGAAAAUAUGCAUAGACAGACACACAUACGCUCCACUCACAAUACAUGCUCAUCGCAGUGUUUGUAUAUAACUGCCCACUCACAAACGCUCACACAGACACAAAUGUCACGCAGGAAAUGCACUAUGAAUACACACAAAUGUACACAAGCACACCCAUACAAUGCGAGCUUGGAGAUAAGUAGGUGGGAGUAUGCAUUGUUGCGUGCUAACAUGCAUAUUUCUGUGCCGUCCCACACAGUUAUUUGUGUCAUGGAAUAACUGUAGUGUUUGUUGCACAGGACCCAGAUGUCUUUCCUCAGAGUAGCAUUUCUGUUGCAGGUAUAUUCACCCAUCUGAAUACAUCUGCUAGCGCAAGUAUGUUUGGCUGCACAAAGGAACGUUCCCCACCCACUCACCCCCGUCCUUUCCUUGCAGCCCUCCAGAACAGAUUUGGGAAGGGUGUUGGUGGGGGCGGAGGGGUGCAGAGAAAGAAGAGGGAGGGGAAGUUUCGUUGUACAAGCUGAAAUCCUUGUGCAAUGGAUCUAUUCAGUUGGAUAGCACCCAUUGCUGUUUUCUUGUGUUCGGUGUGUGGUGUCUUAUAGCACAGAAAAUUCCACUCCUGCCGCAAUGAAUGUGUGUAUGGCAAGUUCUUAGGUGUUGUGUAUCUGCUGUACCAAGUAUAGAAUCAUUCUUGCACUAAGUGUCGCCCUUACAGGCCUUAUUUGCCUCAUCUACACAUACAUGCACCCACCCACCGCCCUUAUUUGCCUCAUCUACACAUACAUGCACCCACCCACCGCCCUUAUUUGCCUCAUCUACACAUACAUACAUGCACCCACCCACACCCAGGCCUUCUCCCUUACUCUAGUCUGCUAUGUGCAUUUCUGUUCAUAGCAUGGAUGUAAGGGCCUAGCGCAUAGAUGUGCUGUUUGUUAUAUGUCCAAUAUGUGGUAAGACAAUUGUGAUUAUUUCUAGAGAAGUUUAGUGGUUUCUCUCUGGCAUUUACAUUACAUUGUAACAGCCCCUUUCACAAUUUAGGUGUGCAUAAUAACAACAUACUGACCACAUUUUCACUGUUUCCACAUUUUCAAUUGUGAACUUUUUGGUGUACAAAUACGUUUAUGGCAACAAUGAUGACUAGUGGCUAAGAACACACUUCAGUAAAAGGGACUAUACUUGGGAUCAACUACUCAAUUGUGAAACAGGACAUUCAAGUCUCACCUCUACCAUAAACUUACCAGGUGGUCUUAUGAAAGCUCAGCUCCUCCAUCUGCCAUGUGAGGGGAAUAAUAAUAAUACUGACCCACCUUACAGGACUUCCGUACAAGGUACUGAGAUCAUGUAUGUGAAGCACCUUGAACACUAAAGUAGCAUAAAAAUGUUGCUAUGCAGUAUAUACAAACAACAUAGGGGCUGAUGCCACUGCUCAAUUCAGAGGGUCCAACCCUCCCCGCAAAGCCGCCUCCCAGAAAGGACAGAAAAUUGCCCUCCCUCAGACCUAGUGGGGGGCUGGACUAUAUUUUGAAAAGAAAAAAAUAUGAAUUCCUACGUCCCACAAAUUACCCAGAGAUGCAUUUUAAAUAAAAGGACACAUUCUACUCGUGUAAAAACACGCUGAUUCCCGGACCGUCCGUGGGCCAGAUUUAGAAGGCGAUUGGACCGGAUCCGGCCCUCAGGCCUUAGUUUGGCUCCCCAUGCUAAGCCAACUUAUUCUAUGGAUGUUCAUCUUAGAAACAAUCAGUUCUCCCCCCCCCCCCCCAAUUCCCUUCUAGUGCCUUCAAAACCUCAGUGGCUUUUUCAAGUACUCUAAAAUAAUUUUGAACCACAAAUGUUCUUAUUUUUUGUUGCGCCAGACAGGAAUAAUGUGAUAGCAUUGGGGAAGCAUAAUAAAUCCACAACUAGUGCACUGUUAUUCUGUCAAGAGCAUGUUUUAAAAUACGCCUGCAGUAAAACUCCAGUCUGGAGGGACCCUAAGUGGUAUGAAAAGUUGCGGGCCGACCAGAUACCUGUGGGAAGCCUGCAAGCUAGACAUGACUGCAACAGCGACUCUUCCAAACCGGUAUUCAGAGGUACAAUGCCUCUGACAGUGAAGGUAAAACAUAGCCACAGUGGCUGGUAGCCAUUGGAGGGCUGGGGAGGGGGAAAAGCCCAUUUCCCUAUAGGAAAUAACCUGAGCAAAUGGGUCUCCUGCAUGGGGUUGGAUCCCCGCCACCCCCAACAGCAGUUGCUUCACAAACACCCCUGCAGAGCAGACCCUGUGCAAAGUGACAGAGACGCUGAGCUCUUCCAGAGGGGCCUGUUUAUUGAACACUCAUUCUGAUUAGCGUGCGCAAAAUUUGCGUGGAGAUAAUACAGCAUCACUGCUUCCCAAGCAUUUGUGUUCCCCACCCCCUGUCUUUUUAAUAACCACAAAUUUAAACAGAACCUCUGAAGAAUUAUUAUUUGCUUGCACAGAGGUUACAGGGCAUCAUCCAGCAUCAACAUUAUCCCACCCUUCCCAGGGCAUUUUGUGACACAAAAAUUUCCGGGAUUUAUAUGGAAGCAGGUUAGCUGCACAAAAGCAAUAAGUUUGCUUUAGUUGCUCAACCUAAAUUUCACAGUAUAUUAUUAAAUCAUGCCUUCUAGAUUGCGACAGCCUGUGUUUCCCAUCCCAUCCCAUGUUUUGAUGGGCUGCAGCUGGGCUGCUUGAGCUCUGGGCCUGCUUGAGGCGGCUGGUGCUGGCCUCAAUUCCUCUUCCAAAAUUCUGUUUCACACACUGCUCUGAAUUCUUGCCCCUAUGCCUGUCUACUACGUACUGGAUAUUUCCUACAGAGGAGUGAUUUCAACACAGGGGUUUUGUAGCGUGUGGAAGAGUACAUGUACAUAACAAGAGCCGUACAUAACAAGGGACGCGGGUGGCGCUGUGGGUUAAACCACAGAGCCUAGGACUUGCUGAUCAGAAGGUCGGCGGUUUGAAUCCCCGCGACGGGGUGAGCUCCCGUUGCUUGGUCCUUGCUCCUGCCCACCUAGCAGUUCGAAAGCAUGUCAAAGUGCAAGUAGAUAAAUAGGUACCGCUACGGCGGGAAGGUAAACGGUGUUUCCGUGCACUGCUCUGGUUCACCAGAAGCGGCUUAGUCAUGCUGGCCACAUGACCCGUAUGCUGUGUGCCGGCUCCCUCGGCCAAUAAAGCGAGAUGAGCGCCGCAACCCCAGAGUCGGCCACGACUGGACCUAAUGGUCAAGGGGUCCCUUUACCUUUAACAAGAGCCGUUGAGUUCAGGCGACUGCAGUGUGUUGUACAUGGGGCUGCUUCUGACGAGCGGUUUGCAAUCACCAACGGGUUCAAAACUACACUGGCCGGGUUACUAACCAGAUUUGUUUCUAGGUGCAGCUUGGAAUUGGUUUUGUCGUUAUGGUUUAAGCCAUAAAUGCUUUGAGACCAAUGAUAUCUUGAAGAACCACUUGCUCCAGGGUCUCACACCUUGCAAAUUGAGGUGCAAGCAACGGGGAUACAAGCCCUUUUCCAUAGUAGACCCCAGACUCUGAUAUACCUUCUGCAGACACUUCUGUUUUGACACCCACAUUGCGUCAAUUUUAAGCUUUUCUGCUCAGCUAAGCCAGACCUCCUAUUUGGGGGCUUGAUCCAGUCCCUCAAAAUGCCAAUAAUUUUGGAAGAAAAAUAUUUUUUUAAACAGGUAAACUGACCUGUAGCUUGGAUUUGUUUUGGUUCUUUGACCAAAACAAGUUUGCCACCUCUGGCCUAAACAUUUGGUGGCAUUUAAUUUGCAAUUAUUAUUAUUAUUAUUAUUAUUUAUUAGGCUCAGGUGGGUAGCCGUGUUGGACUGAAGCAGUCGAAAUAAAUAAAAAAUUGUCCAGUCUCUAAGGUGCUACUGGACAAUUUUUUUAUUAUUAGGCUGUUUUUGUUGUUACGUUUUUAUUAUGCCUUGCUUUGUAAUUAGUUAUUAAGAGUCCCCUUUGGGGAGCGGUAUUGCUGAAAAAGGUGGGAAAUAAAACAUUUUAAACACCCAGAGAUUUGGAUGGUGGCAGACUAGCUCCCGGGGACGUUUUAGAGCAUGCGUUUUGAUGAUAGGCCUUCUCCCUCAGAAAGAACCCGCACCUAAAUUUCUGCAGUAGCAUAAUGUGGUAUUGGAGGUAAGAGCCAUAAAUGAAACCAUGGAUUUCGGAAAGUGUUCCCUUGAUCUGGCAGAGCCUUCGGCAAAUUUUUAAAGCGGGGAGAGAGUCUGGGAGGAAAGGGGGGCUGCAUGAUGAAUAUUCCCAUCCACCCCCACCUCCUGUUUAAAGCCUUGUGGUCUUUUUUUCCCUUCUCUGUCUCUUGCUCAGGGGCUGUUUCUUUUCCUCGGGUUUGAUAUUUUCAUAGUGAGUCCAUUUCCCCCCAAGGUGGGGGUCAGAGCCAGGGUGGGGGCAAACGACGCCGGGACGGAGACUCAUCAUAGCCUUUUGCUGUGGCAGUGUCUGAGGAAAAUGCAAACAAUAAAAGCCAGCAGACGCUGACCACAGUGACCUUUUGGGCAACUGACGCAGAGGACGUCAGGCAGCCCAGAAGACCCACGGGGGGCUUCGCCCCUCCCCUGAUAUAUCCCAGCUCGGGGGUUCCCUCUUCGCUUUUACCCUACCGCCCCCUGCCUCCCCCCCCCCCCCAGCUCCCUUAGCCAUUCCAGAUUCAUCGGAUCCCCCGCCUCGGCUUUUUGGCAGCUGCCUCCAAACGAAAGAAGAUAACAAUCAAAAAGUACACAAGCAAAAGGAUAUACCUAGUGGCGUACAUGGGGAGAUGGAUCCAAUAUCGCACACUCGACAUUGCAAGCCCCCACACCUACGCAAGAGGAACUCCUCGUCUGCUAACCGGUUGGGUAUGCAUAAGUGAAAUGCAUAUAAUAUGAAACAGGCAUGGACUCAGUUCUUCCUCAAGACGGUGGUUCAUGGGGCUGGGGGAGGCAGCAGAAGCGACACACAGUCAUGGAUCCGCUUCUAUAGAUUCCCAGUAUGGGGUGGUGUCUACAGGGUUGGACUAGGACCUGGGAGACCAGGGUGCAAAUCUCCAGUCACCCAUGAAGCUUGGACCAGUCAUUGGCUGUGGACACACCUUACUUUGGACACGCAGUUCCCCGUCACCAAAAAAACCCUGAGAACUGUAGUUUAUUACAGGUGCCGGGAAUCGUAGCUCUGUGAGGGGUAAACAGCACUUCCCUGUGAUUUGUGUGUGGCUGCUUUGAAUGUAUGGUGUGUACACAACCACUGUCUCUUAACCUGGCCUACCUCACAGGGUUGUUGUGCGGACAAAAUGGAGGGGGAGAGAACUAUGGACGCCACCUUGAGCUCCUUGGAGGAAAGGCAGGAUAUACAUGUUGUGAUAAAUAAUAGAAAUGUGCUUACGCAGAGUUAUGGUAUCCACGUCCCUCAUGUGGGAAAAUACACAGACUUUCCAUUUCCAUGUACACAUCCACAAAUAUGCACACACAGAGAGUGAAGGGAAGAACCACACAUGUACUUCGUCGUAGAAAAUGCACAGCUACACACCAAGGAAUUCAGUUUUUCAGGCAUGGCAAAGGGAGCGAGGGACCCACACACCCAUGAAAGACCCACAGAAUGAUGCAAUUGCACACUUAUCUACAUGCUGUGGCAGUUGGGUGCUUCUGCUACCAUGCAGAUGGGUGCAUGCAGGCUAGCCAAAAGCACGUACCUGCAAACAUUCAUAAUUAUGCAUAUGUGAAGACAGAAGCAAAGUACCACACACAUAUGCACAGAUCCACUAACCGAUCCCGUUAUGCCUUUAUACAUACAUUCAUGGCAUGUGAAAGUUCUGCCUGAGGAGGAAAAAACCACAACCACACAGACACACAGAGGCAGCAAAGCAAAGAACCACACGCAUCCCCACAUAGAAGAAUAUACAGAUUCAUAAAUUCCAGUUCCACGGUUACCCACUCCCAUAUUUCUACCAAUGAAAACAAGAAUGCGCAGCCAACCAAACCUCAUGAAGGAAAGCAUACACAAAAUUACUUUAAUCCACAAACCAACCCAAGUUGCAUGAAACAUAAUCCUGUACUGCUCUUUGCAUUUCAGCAGACAACUGAAUGCACAGUUACGUAUACAAGAACUCACACAUAGCCAGGCUCAAUGCUGAAGCUCAUAGCUUCCCACGGGCAACAAGAAAAGGUUGGAUGCAGACUGAGGGUUGUAGCUGUUGUUAAUCAUAUCCAGAGUCGAUCCACUGAAGUUAAUAGAUGCGACUAACUUAGGUCCAUUAGUUUCAGUGGGUCUGCUUUGAGUAUAACUUAGUUGGCACAACUCUAAUUGCACUUCUAUUAAAAUCAGUGGGACAAGUUAGGCAUGAUUUAUGUCCCAUUGAUUUCAGGGGGAACUAAGUAUUACUAACCUGCGUCUGGACCCAGCUUAGUACUGUACAGGCUAGAUUUAUAACCCACCUUAUCCAUAAGGUCUAACCUGCUUAGAGGAUUGCUGAGAUGAAGCACCCUGUGCUAAGUUUAUGUUGUUGUUCAAAGUUUGCAUCUGCAUAGGAAUUGUUUUGAGAUGCUUUAAUUUUGUCAGUGUUAUAGUUUGCUGCCCUGGGCUCCUUGGGGAAGAAGGGUGGGAUAUAAGUUUAAAUAAUAAGUGUAAUGGCCAUGAAAGAAGAAGAUGGAGAGCAUUGCUGCUUUUUAGUUUUGGCUCUCACAGAGGAGGUAAGCCUGUGUUUGGCUGUAGUAUUUCAUACCAGAUCCACAGCAAGAGGUGUAGGGCCCCAGCCUCCAAAAGCAGAUGAUUAAAAAUGAAAAAGUUGGGUGGGAAUAAAAAUUGGAACUUACUGCUUCUAAAAUAUUGUAAAGAGAUGGCUAUACAGACUUUACUAAUGCCACAAUACAUGAGAAAUAUCAAAUUGAGAUACAAUAAAAUAAUGGUGGUAAUUGUUUUAAUACAAUAAUAAAUGUAGUAUUAUAGCCAAUCAAAUGCUUUAUCCACUAACUAGUAUGACGAAUGUUAAGAACAAAUGCGUUUCAACCCUUUAGGUGAAAGCUGACGUGACUGAAUUUAUUUUGUACGGAAAAGCAUUCAAUCUCCAUGGAAAUCAAACAUGUCAUGGAAAAAGGGUUCUGGGCUAGCCAUCUCCAAUAUGUGAGGUUAAGAUUUGUUUAUUUCUUUUUAAUGGAGGAGUUGUCCGUCCUAUAAAGCCACCCCCACCUGCGGUUUGCAGUUGUCCUCUUCAGACCCAGGUUUUACCACCAUAAUGUGGACAAGACCUUAGUCAAUUCUGACCGUGUAACUUUGGAAACAUGAAAGGUUUUCUUUCUCCAUUGCUUGUUUUAUUAUUCCUUUUGGUAGCUUUUAAGACUGCAGCGGUUGGAACCCCUGCUGAUAGGAAAAGACUCAUUAUCUUUUACCUCAGAGUAUAAAAUUCCUUCUAGCCACCCAUUCUUAUAAAGUGUUGAAACCAGUAGUAACAUUUGUCCUACAAGCUCUGUAUCAUAGACAGGAAAGGGCAAAGAAUGUGAGUUGGGAGCCAGUUUCUGGAACAGAUAGCAAAUUGGCUGACAAAUCAAAAUAGCAUCAAUUAUUUGCAGUUUUAAUCAUUAUUAUUUAUUUCAUAGUGUGCCAUGGUGAUUUGCAGAGUAACACAUUUUACCUCACGUGUCUGUGAUAUGCUUUUAUUUUAAUUUUGUAUCUGCAUAUCAGAUGGUUUAUGGCUUCCUAGCAUUUUUUAAUUGUGUAUUUCUGAAGAAACAGUUCCGUUUUUUAAUCCCAUCGGUUUUAAGAACCUGUUAAGCAUGCUAAAUCCAUUUUGCAUUUUAGCAAGUGGCUAAAUGUAACUGAGGAAGCCCUGGUAGCUAGUGAUAUAUUAUAUCCACUUAGAACUGCUUUAUGUCUCACUUAAUUGUAUUUCGUUUUACAGUUCUCUUUUAUUUUCCUGUUAUAAGAAAAGGCAUAGAGAGUUGUAGAAUUUCUAAUAAAUGAAACUGAAUUAAUGACUGGCAGUUAAGGCAACUGAUGUUUAAAUAUUUCUUACAAGGAUUUCUGGGGGCAGACGUAGUUUAUCCAGACAUACCCAACAGGGACCUGCAGCUGAUUCUAGCAGAUUCUCACAAAUAUACCUGUAGGACGUCAGUGUUUGCAAGCUAGGCUGGAUCUAGACACAUCAAAGAAGCGUUUCAUUUAAACGCAUUUUAAACUUUGUAUGAGAAAUCGGGUUGGCAAAAAUGGAACUUCACAGCGCCAUCUGGUGACACAGGAUGCAUCAACAACGCUUAUAAAGCGCUUUUUCUUUGCCAGUGUAGCUGAGUCCCUAGUAUCACAUCAACACAUUAGGGGUAUCCUUAGAACAGCUUAAGCAUAGGCCUGAAGGUUCAAUGUGUGAAUAUUCUCUGGGGUUUCCAUGUACCUGGCACACUGAUAGCCAGCCACCUGACCCCUGUCCUGAUUUUGUGUGGCCUUCCACGUCUCCUUGCGCAAAGUAAGGGCACAUCCGGGUUUGCGCACCCCAAUUCUUGUCCCAUUUACGUGCUGCAAACCAGCCCCCAAGUACCUGCGUUCUGAGCGGUAUAAUCAUUCUGCAGGUCUGAGUACAUUUUAAAUGUUUACUGAAAGUAUCCUUCAUUGUCUGGGCAUUCCCCAGCUGUUGGUUGCUGAAUUGUACUUACUGCUUAUUAUUUUUAAUAUUCUGCAGCCUGAUGGUUUGAAGAAUUUGCAUGUUGUUCAUAUUACCUAUAUAGAUUUGUUGUUUUGCUGUGUGCUUUUGACUUUUUGUUAUUUCAGAGAGCCCCUCCAGACCGGGGGGGGGGGGGGGCAGAAGUGUUUGCAGGGGUAUUCUGCACCAUGUUACAGAACCCAUAAUAUUACAUUAGUUGCAGAUUUAUACAGUACUACACAUUUUUAUGCUUUAUUAAUUGUUCUGUGAUGCUUCCCCAGUGUUUUGCGUUACUGCCCUCUUAAGGGGCACUUUUGCACUAUAGCGCAAGAAAAGUGAUACCAAAACAAAAGUAAUAAAAGCAUUUCUUGGAUGAAAGGUCACAUGAUUUCAGCUGGAAGAUGUGGGACAUGUGCUGAUUGGAAAUGAAGCAGUGUGUCUGCCGCAGAAAUGUUUGUACGUGCGAACGCUAUUGGAAGUGGGAUUGUGUAUUACUACCCCAAUACAAUAGGGACGCAGGUGGCGCUGUGGGUAAAAGCCUCAGCGCCUAGGACUUGCCGAUCGAAAGGUCGGCGGUUCGAAUCCCCGCGGCGGGGUGCGCUCCCGUCGCUCGGUCCCAGCGCCUGCCAACCUCGCAGUUUGAAAGCACCCUCGGGUGCAAGUAGAUAAAUAGGGACCGCUUACUAGCGGAAAGGUAAACGGCGUUCCGUGUGCUGUGCUGGCUCGCCAGAGCAGCUUCGUCACGCUGGCCACGUGACCCGGAAGUGUCUGCGGACAGCGCUGGCUCCCGGCCUCUAGAGUGAGAUGAGCGCACAACCCUAGAGUCUGUCAAGACUGGCCUGUACGGGCAGGGGUACCUUUACCUUUUACCCCAAUACAAUAAUCAGCACAAAUAAUCAUGGGUGCAUAAUUAAAAGGUUGUCGGGGGGGGGCAGACUCUUUGAUUCCUUAUUUUAAACCCUUUUGAGAGAUAUUUAUAAGAUUGAUUAAAUAAAAAUAAAUAAAUAUUUCCAUUUCUAAAUGUAGGGAGCAAGGUAAUAGGAGGAAAUGUUUUAAAGACGUUGGACAACAUCUGUAGGACAAAGUGGGUUUUUAAUCUCAAUGAAUGAAAUCAUUUUCAUAAUUUAUUCUGGUUACAGAAUUGGGGGCUUUGUGGUUAUAAUGUUAGGGGUUAUUAGUGAUAAAUCCUACAUUGGCCUGGUUGCAUAUAUUUCCACCUAUCUCCCCUUAUGUAUGGCCCACGCUGCAUACCAAAUAGUCAACAGGAACCUUUUUGCCACAAGCAGUGCACUGUUUUUGCUAAUGAUUCAGGCAGAUGGUACAUGUGACUCUUUGCAAAGCCUCAAAGGCCUCAAAAAUUUGGUUAACCUGUGUGCGGGCAAGAACAUGUAUAUGACCUCUGCCGGGUCCCCUUCCCUUGCGCAGGGGGCUGGAUCCAUUCCGAGUUGCUUAAUCUGGGCACCCUGCUCUGACAGUCACUCCACCGAGUUUGUGUGCCAUUGGAAAAGCCCCCAUGGGCGCCAAGCCAAAGGCGGAGAGAAGGUUUCCCCCAUCACCUCAUGGCCAAAUAUUUGCCCAUCCGGCUUGUGUUUUCCUUGGCACCAACCCUGCUCCUUGACAUUCCAUCCCGGGUUUUGCUGUUAUAUGUCUUCCAUGCACAGAGUGUUCUCAACCCAACGAGCGCCUAAGAAAAUUGCAAGGUGAUCCGUGAUGACACAAGGCAUUGCCAACACAGUUUCAAGUCUAGCUUUGCCCUCAAGAGGGAUAGAAACUUUUUAAAAAGGGAAGCUAGGGUUCUUGGGGAGCUGAAUUCUGUUUCAGUUCUGUGCCUUGCUUGCAUUUGUGCAUAGUUAUAGAAUAAGCAUAACCAGUGCUCUUUUUUUAAAGAAAAAAAAGGUGCUGGUAUUCACCAUUUUGUUACAGUAAGUGCCAUACUUUUAACAUGGGGGAGGGUGCCAGCACUAUGUACCCUUGAGUACCCCCCAGAAAAAUGCACUGAGCAUAACUUUGGUUAUAAGGUUGUUGCGAGGGUGGAACUUUUCUCACCUCAAGUUAUUUUAGAAAUUAUUUAAAUGACAGCACACUCUUGGAAUGUGAAGUGAUACGGAUGUUUGCCUCUGAGCAUCUUGAGUAUCCCUGCCCCAAUGCACGCAAAUGGGUAAUGGUAUUUGGGGCUUUUACGUGGGGAAGAGCAAAUAAAGGGGAACAAAGUUGAUAAAACUAUGCCUGGAGAAAGCGGAUAGUUGAGAGACAGGUUUUUCUCCCGCUCUGGUGAUGCUAGAACCCAGAGCCAUCCAAUUUAACCCGAGUAGGACAGACAAAUAGAAGUACUUAUGUGUACACGUAAUUAAACUAUAGAAUUGUCCCCACAAGAUGUUGCGAUGGCUGCCGAUUUAGCUGGCUUUAAAAUGAGAUUAGUCACAAUGGCUGUGUCUUGCUUCCAGAAUCAGAGGCCAUAUGCCUCUGAAUACCAGAUGCUGGGAAUCAUGAAUGAAAGUGUACUCUUGCGCUCAUGUGCUGCUUGUGAGCUUCCCACAGGCAUGUGCUUGACCACCGUGAGAGUAGAAUGUUGGACUAGAUAGGCCUUUGGUCUCACCCAGUAGGGACGUAUUAUGAUAUGAGAUACAUCCCUUCCCCGAAUGCCAGGCAUUGUGCCCACAACUUCUAGAUCAAAUGGCUUUCAUGCAGCUUUUACUCUCCGCUGUGACACACCAAAUCAAGGACAACUGCCCAAGGUACAAGGGAACUGGGGGGGAGGGGCUUACAACAACCCUCCAUGCUUGCUUGCAGCAGAUUCAAGAUCAAGUCUUGAACUGUGUUUGAAUAACAAGACUACAUUCUGAUUUCUCACCAGAUUCCUUUUCUCCUCUCCGCCUAUCAGCCUAUCAUCUUCUCAUCAGCAGUGCCCUGGACAGGCCCCACAGCAGAAUGAACGGGAGAGCCCUUAAAUGCAGCAAAGCUUGGUUACUACAUUUUAAAGUAAGUAAAACCAUGAUUAUUACAAUGUAAAGAGCACUCCCCAAAUAAGACCAUUCCACCCAGAGUCCAAAAUCGCCUAAUUGCACCACUACUUCUCAUAUUAGAGCUGGUGGGUUGUUGUUUUUUUGCAACAUGUGAUUCCCACCCACUUUUUUGCUAAAUAUUUUUAUUGUCACUGACACUAUAAUAGUGCAUUAAUGGUGAAUUGAUACUGGAUUGUCCGCACAUCAAUCUGCUUUACUCGUUCUGCAAUGCUUCCCCAAUGUUAUUGCAUUUUUGCCACCUGGAGGGGCCCUCUUGCUCUAUAGCACAAUGGAAGUGGGGCAGAAAGCAACAAUCCAGAAUAUUUGCAGUGUAAAAAGUCACAGGAGUUCAGCAGGAAGUUACGGGUCAUUGAAAAUGAAGCAGCGCAUCAACCCCAAAACUUUAGCAGGCACAAACAGUAUUUUGCAAGCUUAUGACCACCCUGAUGCACAAAUGCACGAUAAAAAGGAUGUCUGGAGGGACCCUGAGGUAUAUAUACACAAAUCACAUUUCCCAAAUACUAGCAAUAAAGGACUGCUUAGAUAUUACAUGCUGAAGUGGUGCGAUUCAGCAAGCCGGGUUUCUGCUAACCUCUUGCACUGGGGGCAUCCUUUAUUUUGAACAUGAUUCGGAAGUCAGACAGCUUAUCCAAGAUGGAGAAAAACCUGAUCUGUAAUAGGUUUUAUAAGGCACCAAGCUUGCCACUUAUAUGGUUGAACUGGGAGCAACCAGAACAUGGGAAAUCAGCAGAAGAUGCUUCAGGAAGGUUAAUUCUCACGAGACCUUUCAGAGUAGCCACUGAAGUAUCUGGGGGUACUUCUCUGGAUUCUGUUCCCCUUGGGGGAUUUUUGGGGACCUUGUAAGGCCUGCAUUUCCACAUUGGGAAUGAAAGGACCUAGCCAUGAAGUCUGGCUCCAUAUAUGGCCAAUUCUUAAAUAGAAUAUUUUUUACUUGUAUGUGGGGGGGGAGAGGAAGAGAUAUAUCCAAGGUGAAAGAGAGGUGAAGAGAAAUUCCAAGGUGCCUUCUUCAGAAACAUCAUAAGAGACAGACAGACAGACAGACCACUUGAGGGGAGUGAGACCAACUCCCCCCCCCAUGCCCAUUAGGACAUGCAGGCUAAAAUUACUACAGGCCAGAAGAUGGUUCAUAGUGCCUCCUCUACCCCCCAACCAAGAAAAACAGGGGAGCAUAUGAGACAUCAGUUUAAACGUUUGUCUCUCUCUCACACACACACAUACGGAACGCGCCACUCGCUCCGUUGAGCUGAUGGUAAAGUUCCGAUUGCACACACACUUACACACCCCCUCACGCCACCUCACAGCACACACACCUUGGCCUGGGGCUGUGUUUAUGCCUGAGUCACACUGGGGGAAACUGUACGUCUGGGGCCCGCCCGGCUGGAGGGCUGGACAGACAAGCCUUCCAAUGGACAGACAGAAACUGUCUACCUGAGAAGGCUGUCCCUCCCUCCCUCCCUCCCUCCCUCCCUCUGUGUGUGUGUUUGGCAAGACAUGAGAGAGCAACGACCUGUGUGCCUGCUUUUGUAAGACUGUAUUCUCCAGUCCUCCACUUUGGCUUCCUUUUUGCCCCCCACCCUCAAAAAGAGACUUUGGUGCAUUUGAGCCCAGUGCCAAUACUGACUUCCUGGCCCCUAAAAGUGUGAAGAAGGAGAGUAUUCAGCUGUAUAACCUUCUUGCCUCCAAAAUCUACCCGGAGCUAGUUGUAAUUGUUCUGUGUAAACCAAAAGCUCCCACAAACUUAGAGACCAGCAGGCAAGACUUUGCAUUGGUAGGUAGCAAGGGGUUCACACCCACUGAGCUCCUCAAAGGAAAAUCCAUAAGAAUUGUAUGAGGCUCCUCAGAUAACCCUCCCUGUUUGUUAGGUUUUUCUGCUCAGGCUCUUCUCUGACGGCCUCCUUGUGUCAGAGGUAGGCUCUUCACUCACAAGGGAGAGGACUUCCUCAGCAGUUGUGCCCCAGUUAUGGAAUGCCUUCCCUAAAGUGGCUCACCUGGUGCUGACGUUGUAAUCUUUUCUGUGCCGGACAAAGAGGGGUUCCACAUCAGGCUUUAAAAAAAUUAUUUGUGUUAUUACACCUCACCUCCUCACAAUACACAUGACACCCCAACACUUGUGUUGAUGGUACUAUUUCUGAUCCUUCAUGACAGGAUUUCCCAGACUAGUUUUAAAGCUGACUUUUUUUCUUUUUUCUUUUAGUAACUGCAUUUUACUUCCGCUAUUCUUACUGGAUUGCCCGAGUGGCUUUGAUCCUGCAAAAUUGAUUUGGUCCCCCCUUUUCCACAUCUUCCUCCUCCUCCCCAUCUUUGACCAUACAAUGGCUGUGUGAAAAGGAUGUUUUAUCCUCAGUUUUCAAUGGUGACUCCCCACUUGUGGAAUGCUCUCCCAAGGAAGACUCACCUGGCAUCAUCGUUCCAUAGCUUUAGGCGCGGGGCAAAAAUAUUUCGUUUUCACUAGGCCUUUGGCUUUUAAUUACCUGAGGCCUCCUUGAGUGGGUAGGAUGUUAAAAUCCUGUCUUUUAAAAGAUUGUGUGUUAUAUUUUCUUUUUCCUUUAUUUUAUGCUGGUUUUAAUGUUUGCACUUGUUUAUAUACUGUAUUAUAAAUCACUUUGAGUUUCCUUCGUAAAAAAAAAAGACCAAUAAUUUUUAUUAAUAAAGAAACAAAUAAAUAAAAUUUUAUUCCCAUUGACUGAACAGUUAUGUUAAUGAUCGCCAUAUUUAAUAUAUAUGUGGAUGUUACUUCCCAAUGCACACCUGUGCUUCUGCACAGCUCCAAAGGUAAGUUUUCAAAUAAAGUACAGUGGUACCUCAGGUUACAGACACCUCAGGUUACAGGCGCUUCAGGUUACAGAUUGUGCUAACCCAGAUAGAACCUCAGGUUGAGAACUUUGUUUCAGGAUGAGAACAGAAAUUGUGGCGCAGCGGUAGCAGGAGGCCCCAUUAGCUAAAGUGGUACCUCAGGUUAAGAACAGUUUCAGGUUAAGAACGGACCUCCAGAACGAAUUAAGUUCUUAACCCGAAGUACCACUCUAUAUUGCUAUCUCUGCUGCUUCCCUGAGCCAAUGCAUGACGCUGCUGCCGGGUGGACACAGAAAAAGGGAAUUAGACAUAAGCAUGAGGCAAGAAGAUGAGAAGAGAGAACUGGCAAGGGGAGCUGACAAUGUAACAUAGGCUCAAUCUGCACUAUGCAUUUAAAGCAGUAUCGUGCCAAUCAUCACUCCUAGUUUCCUGUAAAAAAUUCAAGGAGCUGUAGAUUGUUAAGAGUGCUGAGAGUUGUUAGGAGCCUGUUGUUCCCGUCAGAGAACUACACUUCCCAGGGUGGUUUAACACUCAAUUCCUUCUUCCUAGGGAACUCUGGGAAUUGUAGCUCCCUGGAGGGAAUAGGGGUCCCUGGGUCACCUAACAAAGUUUUAGUGUGGUUCAAGCAUUUUAUUUGUUUUAUUGUUGGUUCUGCAUUACUAUACAGGGCUUUUUUCAGGGGGGAACACGCUGGAACUCAGUUCAGGCGCCUCUCAGGUGGGUGCCAUUGCCAUUCUCAGUAAGAGAAAGAGGGAAGUGUUCAUGGUGAGUUCCAGCACCUCUUUUUCUAGAAAAAUAGCACUGACUGUAUACAUUGGUUGUACACUGAACAGGAUGUAGAGUUGUAUAGAGUGGUACCUCGGGUUACAUACGCUUCAGGUUACAGACUCCGCUAACCCAGAAAUAGUACCUCAGGUUAAGAACUUUGCUUCAGGAUGAGAACAGAAAUUGCGGCGCAGCGGCAGUGGGAGGCCCCAUUAGCUAAAGUGGUGCUUCAGGUUAAGAACAGUUUCAGGUUAAGAACGGACCUCCAGAACAAAUUAAGUACUUAACCCGAGGUACCACUGUAUAAUCAUUUUAAAAAUAAAUAUAUGAAAGAAUGAAUCUAAGAGGCUGUCUUCACCAAAGAAGCUUCCCGGCUGAACUUUACCCCAAAAGUUGGUCCAAAAAGACUGUUAAUCUGACACUUCACCCCAGCAGGGGUGCUGGAAGGAGCAAAAGUUAGGAAUGUUGACAAGGGCCAGAAAUCCCAGCCUCCGUUCCCAUCAGAGGGCACUUAGGGGAAGCGAGCAAUGAACACUCAUUAGCUCUGCACCUUGUGGUCACUGCGAACUCAGACGAUACUUCCGUUUACUGUGCAGCGUUGACGUGAGCUGGGAUUUUCAUUCCUUGGCCGAGGUUCAGGAUAUCCAAACUGUUUGUUUGUAAACUGCAGCGAAGCACUUGGUCAUUCUCACUGAUUCACUGACAUUUCUCAGAGCCCGGUUUGGGACAGCCCCUUGAAAAGCCCAGAUUGCACCAAUUCCUGGUCUCGGCUUCCUUGCAGGAGGCUGUGUUUCUUAUGCGAUGACAAAGGAGAACAGGAGCUUCCAUUCAAUGCCAUCUAAAAGGCACAUGGAAAGAAACCUAGACUCCAUUUCCCCCAAGGUUUUGUUGUUCUUCCCUCAUGAAACUUCCUCCUUCCCUGGUCUCGAAGUUGGUUGAGAAGUUGAUAGCAAGGUUAUAUCACUCUGGCAACUCACCUUCCUUCAUCCCCAGUAUGGGCGAAAUGGUUGGUCGGUCUGAAACGGGAGAUAUAGGAGAUUGCUCAGCCCCCACUUCUCCACAGGAAGCAACUUAUUAUGGGUUUUGAUCCUGCUGUCAGAGCCAGGUCAAGGUCAAAUACCUGACAGCAUACCUCCAGAUUUGGAAUGUGUGUCUUCCAGCUCCAGGCUUGGGAGAUUUGAGCAUACAGUAUACAAUUCCAUAUACCUCCCGUCAGCCAGUGUUUCAAGCCUCAAGUCUCUGGUCUGUGCUAGCUGUUAUAUGUAGCUGUGUGUAACUUUUUCUUUAUGUUUUUGAAAAGCAGCCUUAGGAGGCUGUUUUCGGGAGCAGAGAAAUGGUAGGUGGGAAGGGAAGCAAUUAAAAUCCCCCACAAAAACCCUCAGUUUUGUUUGUUUGUUUUGCUUCCGUAUAAUCUCCACCCUUGCUGGGCAAAAACACAAAAACAAAAAACAGCUUUUGGAGGGCAAUUUUUCUUAAAAAUUUGUUUGUAAGCACCUCAUCACAGUUGCCCACAACCCCUCCAGCCUUAUUUCCAGACUCCUGAGGCUGCUUUCAGAAAAACUCAGUAAGUGGCCCUCUGAUUCCCACUAGACUGUAGCAAGGCAUUGAAUGACGGUAGGCUGCUAAAAAUUAUUUCUGUGGCUGUCCUUUAAAACAAAGUGCUUACAUGUCCUUGUGUCAGCCCUUGAGACAUCUCACUUUAGCUCACAUUUUUACUCAUGGGAAAGUGAUAGCGAAGCUACCCAGUGAGCUUUCUAGGCCAAGGAAUUUGGAUUCUGGCCAAUGUAGUGAGCAUGCUACCACUGAAAGUCUUCAUGGCAUUUCUUUGCUUGCAAAAUCUGUCCUGGUUUUCUCUGGGUCUGUGGCCCCCCGUCCAUUAAAAUCCCUCACUUAAGAGUCAUUGAUCAGUGUAAGGAGCAGGGCCUACACUGUGGUGGCUUUUAUAGUCCCUCCAGAAGGUUCUAGAAUAAAUGUGUCUGUGUGGCCUCACCUGAAUAACGAUUGAGACUCUGGCAUGUUAACUAGCUAUAGUAUGUGACCUCCAAGCAGUUUGUGUCCAACUUCUCUUAGCAACAAGUGGCGUUCAGAUGGAGCAAUAACAUGUGAGUUAGACGAGGUAACUAUUCAGUGGAUUUGUAGUUGGUUGACUGACUAAACCCAAAGAGUACUCUCUAAUGGUUCCUUGUCAUCCUAGAAAAAAGUGGCAAGUGCUGAGGGUUCUGUGCUGGGUCCAUUGUCGUUCAAUGUCUUUAUAAACGAAUUGGAUGAGGGAAUUGAGGGGAUGCUUAUCAAAUUUGCAGAUGGCACCGAAAUGGGAGGAGUGCCACUGAAGAUGGAAUUGGGAUUCAAUAUGACAAUAGCAGGUUGCAGAACUGGGCCAAAACUAACAAAAUGAAUUUCAAUAGGGCCAAAUGUAAGGCCCUACACUUAGGUGGGAAGAACCAGCUGCACCAAUAUAAGAUGGGGAACACCUGACUUGCCAGUAGUAGAUAUGAAAAGGAUCUAGGGGUCUUGGCGGACCACAAGCUUAACAUGAGUCAACAGUGUGAUGUAGGAGCAGAAGAAAACCUAAUGCUAUUCUAAGAAGAAGAAGAAGAAGAAGAAGAAGAAGAAGAAGAAGAAGAAGAAGAGUUUGGAUUUGAUAUCCCGCCUUUCACUCCUUUUAAGGAGUCUCAAAGUGGUUAACAUUCUCCUUUCCCUUCCUCCCCCACAACAAACACUCUGUGAGGUGAGUGGGGCUGAGAGACUUCAGAGAAGUGUGACUGGCCCAAGGUCACCCAGCAGCUGCAUGUGGAGGAGCGGAGACGCGAACCCGGUUCCCCAGAUUACGAGACUACCGCUCUUAACCACUACACCACACUGGCUUCUAGGCUGCAUUAGAAGAAGUAUAGUGUCCCAAUCAAAUGAAGUAAUAGUACCACUCUAUUCUGUUAGACAAUACCUGGGGUACUGUGUCCAGUUCUAGGCACCACAAUUUAAGAAGGAUAUUGACAAGCUGGAAGGUGUGCAGAGGAGGGUGACCAAGAUGAUAAAGGUUCUGGAAACCAGGCCUUAUGAGGAAUGAUUGAGGAAGCUGGGCAUCUUUAGAGUAGAGUAAAGAGUAGACUUGAGAAGAGAUGUGAUAGCCAUCUUCAGAUAUCCCAAGGGCUGUCACACGGAAGAUGGAGCAAACUUGUUUCUUCCUGCUCUGGAGGCUAGGGCCCAAACUAGUGGAUUCAAGUUACAAGAAAGGAAAUUUUGACUAAACAUCAGGAAGAACUUUCUGACAGUAACGGCUGGAACAGACUCUCACGAAAGGUGGAGGACUCUCCUUCCUUGGAGGUUUUUAAGCAGAGGUUGGAUGGCCAUCUGUCAUGGAUGUUUAGCUGAGAUCCCUGCAAUGCAGGAGGUUGGACUAGAUGACCCUCGGGGUCCCUUCCAACUCUAUGAUUCUGUGAUUCUAUGAACGUAGAAAAUUGAACCAGAUUUAGCUUUAAAGAGCAGGUUUUCGCAGAGAAAACUCAGGGCAAAAAACCCCACAAUCAACCCCCCACUUGGACAUGGAGUGUUAUAGCGCGGGCAUUUGAAGAACUGGGGCAAAAGUUAAGUGUGGAUAAUCCCUGCUGGCGCAGGAAAGAGGGCAUCCCAUAGAGUGGCCACAAAAUUUUUGCCUCCAGUGAACACCUCAGGAAAACAUCUGAGGAAUUCUGAGGAAAGCCUUGAUAAGAUCAAACAGGGGGAUUUUUGUGUGUUUGAUUUGGGGUCCUGCACAUCUCUAGAUUUCUGCCAGAUCUCAUCCCAUGUGAAAUUCAAACCAGGCUCUUCAAAUUUUGAAGGAACCUAAAAGGGUUGCGUUUGUUUUCAUUGCAGGCCCCACCCCUCAGCCGGCACCCCUCAUUUCCUGACCAUGUGUGAAAGGGGAUGCAUUUUCUUCCUCGGGGCCUAAGGUACCUUUGAGCUGGACUUGUAAGCAAGAUUUCAAGUAGGAUGGAGAACCACCUUGCCUUCAGGCACUGGGAAAUCCGGCUGAAACCCGAUACUUUUGCACAAUGGCGUGUAACUCUGUGAGGUAAGACACUGUCCAUUUUGGUACAGGGAAAAAAAAUUAAGCAUCCCUGGGGCAGGCAGGGGUAAUUUGUUUUAUGAAAGUGUCAUGGAUAGGGAUGCUUUUCUAGGGAUAGCAAAGGUGUACCUGGCUUGGCUGAGCAUUUAGAAGACCACAUAAGGCAGGGGUAGGCAACCUAAGGCCCAUGGGCCAGAUGCGGCCCAAUCGCCUUCUCAAUCCGGCCCACGGAUGGUCUGGGAAUCAGCAUGUUUUUACAUGGGUAGAAUGUGUCCUUUUAUUUAAAAUACAUCUCUGGGUUAUUUGUGGGGCCUGCCUGGUGUUUUUACAUGAGUAGACUGUUGCUUUUAAUUUAAAAUGCAUCUCUGGGUUAUUUGUGGGGCAUUGGAAUUCGUUCAUUUUCCCCCCCCCCUUCAAAAUAUGGUCUGGCCCACCACAAGUUCUGAGGGACGAUGGACCAGCCCACAGCUGAAAAAGGUUGCUGACCCCUGACAUAGGGCAACAGGCAGAAAUGUCUCCCUCCCACCCCAUACAGCUUUGGGGCAUGCAUGUGUGGGUCUCUCCUUUCUGCCUGCCGCACACCUGCCCUUCCCCACCACCUCCCCUGCCGGAGUCGUAUCUGACCUGUGUUUUCCGUUGCUUCCCUGCGUUGUUAUGGAGAGCGUUUACGACGCUGUCAUCUCACACAGGCCCCAUUCACGGCGCUGAAGCUACUUCCAAGGACCUGGCAUUUAGGCUCUCUUUCCUUUGGAGACCAUUGGGGAGGGGGUUUCAGGCUCCCCCGUGAAACUGCCGUUUCUUCCAUUUUGGGGGCACCACAGCUAUGUUUCGGCAGCACCUCCUGCUGGGUGCGAAGGAGAACCUGGAAGUCACUCCUGCUGGGAAUUAAGAUCCUCCAGGAAUUGUCUCCCAUCUACACACCCCUCCCUAUAAUGUUUUGACACAUCCCCCGAAUCCCGCCUCACCCCUAGCAGGACUCACCUGUCUUUAACAUGUCAGAGAUUCAGGCGGCCAUUCAACCAAUGCAGAUUUUCCCAGUAUGGAGAUGCCCAAAUGGGGAAUGUAUUGUUAGUUGCAUAUAGCAACCCAUCUCAUAGGCACCAGAGACCUUAGCAAAAUAUAAUUUUAAAAGGGGCACCCAUAUUCCUAGGUAAUGUUACCGUCUGGUUUGAUGGCAGUUUUUGUUUUGUCCCAUGGAAGAUCUCCAGCUUUUUGUAUUUAAUCUGUAUUGUUUUAAUUUGUAUAAACUGCCUUGGGCCCCGGUCUGGGGGGGAAAGGCAGGAUAUAAAAAUAUAUAAUAAACAUCAUAAUAAUAACCCGCUUUCUCCCUGGAGUAAAUGGCUCAUGGGCGAGUUGCCACAUGGUGGCAGUGUGGGGUUAGCAGAGGUGGAAAGGGCCAGGGCAGGUGUGGCCUGAGGCCUGCGUUCCCCCCCAGCCUCAAGGAUCGAAGGUUGUAUCUGAAGCUUGGAUGCCUAGGUUCAAGGGUACAUUCAGGCCUGAAGUCUCUGGACGCUCUUUAGAGAAUUACUUGACUCCCAGCCUCAGUUGCCCAACCUGUUCAAUGGGGAUAAUAGCAACCUGUUUCACAGAAUUGUUGCGAAUAUAAAUGAACUUAAGAAGCACUUACUCUCCUUGAGGCAAAGGGAUAAAAUGAACAGAGGCUACAAAUCUGAGUGAUAAGCGUUUCACAGGCAAGAUGUGGUGGAAAGUGAGCUGUUAGUUCCAGAGCAACUAUUGCCAAAUUGCCCCAACAGCAGGAGCGGCAGUUGUGGGGACCUUAUCUGUUCCUCAUAGAUGUCGCAAACAUCUACUGUUGCAAAGGUAGAAUUUCGUUCAGCACCCCAUUUUGGGAGUGAAAGGAUCUGACAUCAUUCUGAUUUGCUGAACUUCGGGCUGAGAGUGUCUCCUCUACCCACAACUCCUCCUAGCACGUUGCUUGGCUUGCUUUCUUGAGCCAUCAAAAUCUACCUUGCUCUGUAAGUUCAGUGCACCUUGUCUGCUUCUGCUUGCUGCAGUGGGCUGGAUUUCGCAAAAGGAUUCUGCUUGGUGGGCCCGAGUGUUGAACCCCAAAGUGCUUUGAUUCUCACACUCUGGUUAGGGCUCACUUAUAGGUUUAUUUUGAGUCCACACUGAAUUCUAGCCACCUGAUUGCAGUCUAUAGGAGGGUGCUCUGCCAUGCACUGAGACAGAUUGGAUUCUGCACUGAACUUUAAGAACUUGGAAAGCUGCAGCAGUGGUUAUGUGCAAAAAGUGGCUCCACAGCAGGUUAAAGGUAAAGGGACCCCUGAACAUUAGGUCCAGGCGAGACCGACUCUGGGGUUGCGGCACUCAUCUCGCUUUAUUGGCCAAAGGAGCCGUAGUACAGCUUCCAGGUCAUGUGGCCAGCAUGACUAAGCCGCUUCGGGUGAACCAGAGCAGUGCACGGAAACGCCGUUUACCUUCCCGCCGGAGUGGUACCUAUUUAUCUACUUGCACUCUGAUGUGCUUUCGAACUGCUAGUUUGGCAGGAGCAGGGACCAAGCAACAGGAGCUCAUCCCGUCGCGGGGAUUCAAACUGCUGACCUUCUGAUCGGCAAGUCCUAGGCUCUGUGGUUUAACCCACAGCGCCACCCACAUCCCCCACAACAGGUUAAUGAGGGCCUAAAAACAACCAUGGCUGUUGCAGUCUUGUGAAAGUCCUCUUUCGAACUGCUAUGGGCUCAUAAACUCAGGAGCAACAUCUAUGGGGCCUUCCCAUAGAUUAGGUGUGGGGAGCCUUUGGUUCUCCAUAUGAGGACUGAACUACAACUCCCAUCAUCCCUGGUCAUUAACUUUGCUUGCUGGGGCUGAUCAGACUUGUAGUUCAGCAACAUCUAGAGGACCAAAUGUUCCCCACACCUGGGCCUCAUCUGUGGACGUUAUUUAUGUAUUACUCUUUGUCAAUCCCACCCUUCCUAACUUCAAGGAACUUAAAUUGGCAAGCAUGGUUUCUCCUCAUCGUUUUAACAAUCCUGUGAGGUGGGUUAGGCUGAGAGACAGCAGCUAGCCCAAAGUACGCUCUGUGUGUGAACAGUGAUUUAAACCUGUGUCCGAAUCCAGCACUGUAUCUACUAGGUUACCUUGCCUCUCCCAUCACCCCAAAGGACCCUUUCCAAUCACUUACUGAAGAGAAAGAUUUGUAAUGAUACCCACCCACCCCCUUGCAGGUUCACAACAAGGCCCGUGGGUUGCUAGGAAACAUAAAAGGGAGGGAGAUCCAUCAAACUCCUCCCCCCCCCCAUACCAGAGGCAAGGGAAAGAAGCUGAAGCCAGGACAUUUUGGGAAGAAAAAUGAAGACUAAUUGUCUAAGCAGGGUCAGUGCGUGCGCAUGGAUGCAAUUGUAAAAAGAGCUUUGAAGGAGCCAGGACUCCUGGGUUCUCUCGUGAGGGGACUACGCCUCUGUGGGUUAGAGCAGAGGAUUGUGGGAAGAGGCAAGAUUUCCCAUCCACCGUAUACUGCUUUCCCAGACGGACCGCACCGGGCGAUGACCGCACAGUUUUUGUGUGGAGUUUGUGUCACUGUCUCUCCCAAUUACGACCCUCUUCUCCCGCUCCCCCCAUCCCCUCCCAGCCAGCCUGGCUGGCUCCCUCCCCACAUCUUCUCAUCUCUGCCAGGCACAGAGGAAGUGAAAAGGCACCUGUAACUCUCUCUCUCUCUGUAUGGAUAUUAAUCCUUAGCCCCAGAAAAUUUCCCAGAAACCCCCAGUAAGCUGGCUCUUUAUUUCCUCUGACACCCUUUUUCUCCCUUCCUAGAGAACACGGCGUCCUUCCUCAUCCCAUCAGCCCCCGAAUGUUAUGUCAGCAGUGUGACAUGGUCCACCCCCCCAACCUGUGACACAAUCAGUGAUUUGUGGGUUCUUCUGUCAAGCUGACACAUCGACUUUGCUAGGUCCGGAAGACCAGUGGUCCCCGGGCGUUGUGCGUUUGCGUGUGUUUUAAGAGGAGUCAAUGAUUUUUGACGAGUGGCUAGUGACUCCACUUAAUGAGGGUGUUAAAAGGGCACCCUGCCUUGACUCAGAGAGCUGGACACAGGAGGAGGGGGGCAUUUUUCUGUGAUCUUGUGCAACUGACCCGAAGAGAGUCAGAGCUGCAGAUUCAGAGUCUCCGAUCACAAACUUUCAUCUCCUAGCCUCAAAACCACAAUUUAGCCAUUGGGAUAGGUGACUGACCCAGCUACCUCGUCUCGAAUCCUCGGGCUAUCCGGGACUGACUCAGGGACAGGAUGGCACCUAGAGAAAUCCUGGCUCCGAGACUUCCUCCCUUUUUAUCCCAGUCCUUUCCCUCAAGGUAUGAGGCAUGCUACCUCCCUAAAAGUGCUAACUUUCUCGUCAGAUUCAAGACUUAAUUUGAACUGUGUUUUGCCUGAGAUAGAAACCCCCAGAACCUGUUUCCAAAGUCAAGGUUCCUUAUUUACAACAUACCUGCUAACAGUGUUGGUGUCAUCUGAGUCUUCCUUCCUAAAACUACUUGUCCUGUGUGGCUGGAGGAGUGCCUCUGAGCAUGUGCAGAAUGCAGUAUUUUCGUAUAAACAAGUAAAAAGACAUUUCCAUGCAUCUAGGAGAAAGGAAUGGAUUAUUUCAUGGCACAGUGGUACCCAGGAAGAUUUAAGAGGCGGUGCUUUUCCUUUUAAAAAUUAGGUGGAGAUUAGGCUCCUUUGUCCCCAAAGAAUUCCAGAAACCCGGUGUCAAAGCAAACAUUAAAAGGAAGGAAAAACAAAUUUACUUAAAGCUUGCAAACUAUUCCCUUCUCCAGCCCUACCAGUUAUUGUGCCCCUCAAAUUUCCUUCCUCAGUUUUGCAGUGAUAGGUUCAAUCAAACACUUUCAAUUCAGCCAUGCUGCCUGCUGUCUAAAUUCUAAUCGUUGUCAGAAAUUAAAAGUGGGUCUCAUGUUGGAGUUGAGAGAGAGCUAACCUUGUGCCACAAAAUGUUGAACCAGAGCUCCCAUCAGCCCCAUCAGUGACGUGGGAUGAUUAUUGUGUUACAGAGUCCCUCCAGACUGGUGGGUGGGUAUAUUUUGGACUGUCCACACAUCACUGAGCUUCAUUGGUUGUUCUACGAUGCUUCCCCAGUUGUUGAAUUGUUGCUGUCAGGUGUGAAAAGUUGCAGAACUUCAGCAGGAAGUUAUGGGACAUGCAUGAAUUGGAAAUUAAGCAGUAUGUCUGCCCCCAAAAAACUUUUACAGGCACAAGCAGUUGAAAUCAGGAUCACGUAUAACUGCCCCAAUACAAUCAUGAACACAAAUCGUCAUGAAUGCACAUUAAAAGGACUUCUGGGGGGUUCAAAAUAAAGGUCUAUUCUACCUGACUGUUUCUGCUCCGGACGGAAGCAGAGAGAGAGAGCUCCAUUCUGUUGUUAGACCAUUUGCCAUUUUCUCAUUUUCCUGAAUAUCUGCAGGGUGCAAGGUUGUCCAACUGAGAACACUAGUGUGUAAGUAGUGAGGGUAGAGGUCUGGGAAGCUUUCUUGUCACAAAGUCCUUCUUUAUAUGUUGGGCCGUAGCCUGUGCAUUUUUUUGCUGCUGACUCUGCAAGAAGAGACUGUGCUAAUAUGUACCCUAAAAUCUUUCCAGUGGCUCCUCCUCUCUGCAUCCGACCCUUCUGGUAUCAUCUUCCUGCCUGCUCUUGCUUCAUAGUUGCCUCCUCCCAAAACACAACUCCUUCUCUGCUCCCUAAACAUUUAUUCGGAAAGAGAAACAUAGGUAGCUAACUUAUGCUAAAUCAAGGCAUUGGUCCAUUGAGCUCAGUAUUGCUUGCACUGACUGGCAACAGCUCUCCAGGAUUUUAGACAAAAGUCUAUCCCAUCGCUACCUGGAGAUACCAACGUUUGAAUAAGUCCCACUUCGUCCAGUGGAACAAGUCAAUGUACAUAGAACUGUUGCCUGUAACACUCAUUUAAACAGCACUUUUCAAAGGGCAGCCAAGUUAUCUCGUUUCUUACAACAGAUGCCUUUAAAAAAUGGUGACUUAGGGGCGUGUCUCUGUGGAUCUUCCUUUAAUUCCUGGUUCAAUUAUGUAACCCCAGAGAGGAAAUAAACCACACACCCAGACGACCUAAAAUAUGACCCACUAACCUUCACCUGGGGCACCCAUAUUGGUCUUGAUCUGCUAGGUGAGGCAUCAGCAGGAUCUGCUGAAGAUCUGCUGGGGAAACUGUUCCCCUGACCUCUUUUGGUGCAGAGAUGUGCUGUUUCCAUACCAGAUCUUCCAAUAUAGCUGCACUGAAAUGUAGCCUCUGAAAGUUAAUAGCUGACAGGGCUGGGGGGGGGCAGUGUCAGACCAGAUCUCCAUAUCCCAGACCCAGUAUUCAAUCCACUUUAACCCUUGGGUAGUGGGUAGGUGGAGGAAGUAUAUGAUGAGAAGGGGCCAUACCUCAGUUGUAGCACACUGAAUAGUGUGUGCAGAAUGUCCCAUCUUCAAUCUCUGGAAUCUCCUGCUAGCCAACGCGAUCUUACUGAUGUCUACUCAGACAUAAGCCCCGUUAAACUCAGUGGAACUUACUCCCAGGAAAGUGGCCAGAGCAUUGCAGACUAAAAGAUUCAGGUAGUUAGUAUUGGGAAAUGCCUGAGGCUCUGGACCCCUUCCAGCCAAAGUGCACAGCCUUGGGCUAAAUGGUCCAGUCGACUGACUCAGUAUAAUGCAACAACAUAGGAAACUGUAAUCAGGAUGAGAGUGCUUCUGAGCAUGUGCCAAGUACAUUUCUCUUACUGCUGAUUACCAAUAGUCAGCCCACACAGAGAGAGCUGAGAUCAGGGAAGGGAGGCUUCCAAGAUUCAAGAUGAGGCAUCCAAAUUGCCCCCUGCCUGAAUACGUUACCUGCCUUCUAUUUUCCCUGUUUAUCUUCUGUCUUCUUUCCCUGUUGUUUUGCCCAUGCCCUUGUUCUGAAGGUGUGUGAUGUGGCAACUGCACUAAAGCUAGGCAGGUUUUUGGGUGGUCGAUGAGAGACUCUCCUAGGAACUCCUUAUGCCAACUUCAGUGAAGGCGGGAUAGAAGUAUAAAUAAAUAAAUAAUGUGGCAACUUUAUGUUCUAAGCUAUUAGUUAACACGAUGCCAAAAAAAAAGGUGCUUUGGAAAUGCCCCCCCCCCCCCCCGAGAUCCGUGGAUCACAACAUGCUGGAACCAGUAGGCUGAAUUCACAUGUGCUGUUAGCUCCUCUUUCAAUGAAUAGCCAAGUAAAGUAGCAUCAUGACCAGUAUUCCAGAUUAAUAGUGAUAAAUUUGCAUUUUUUAAAAUAGCUCAGUAAAGCAUUAGACUCUUAAUCUCACGGUCAUGGGUGCAAGCCCCACGUUGGGCAGAAAGAUUCCUGCAUUGCAGGGGGGUUGGACUAGAUGACCCUCAUAGUCCCUUCCAACUCUACGAUUCUGUGAUUGCUAAGGUUGGAGUCACAGCUAUCCUAUAGGAAUGCUGACCACGAGACAGAUGUUUGCCAAGAAGGGAAUCAUAGAAUCAUAGAGUUGGAAGAGACCACAAGGGCCAUCGAGUCCAACCCCCUGCCAAGCAGGAAACUGAGAAUGAGUUUCUUCAGCUGAGAAAGGUCCCUCACCUCUUGAUAUAAUUAGAAGGACCUCUCCUCUAUUUUCUGAUUGGCUGUUGGCGGUUGUGUAAUUAUGCAAGCAGUAAUGAGGAUUUCAAAGUCUGAAAACUCCAUGAGAGUUCACGAAAACCUUCCAAGGAUCCUUUGCUAGAAAGGAAGACUGCCCGAUGACUCACCACCAGGUACCCUGAAUGUGGAAUUUUUGUCAAUGAUGGUCAGCUAGCUCAACAGCUCAAUUAGCACUAAUUACCGCUCUGCUGUCCUUUAUUGGCUCACCCUCUGCACAGGUUCCAAGGUGGACUUUGAGCCACCCUUCUCUAGGACUCGAUUCCUGCCAGCGUCAAGCUCAGACAAGGGGGCUGCUGUUUAGAUUGCCGCCUCCACCCCACAGUUCGCUGCAGCUCAGGGCCCAGGCGAGGGAUUCCUGUGUAAACAGCCACCCCAGGGGCAGCUGUGUCCCCGCCAAGCCUGCCCUUUCCCUGGAAAGGAAGCCUGUCCUGGAAUGUUUGUGGGGAGGUUCGCUGAUUUGGUUUGGAAAUCAGCAGAAGGGUGCAAGUGACCCUUUGACCCUGGCACACGCCCCACAUGGGAAAACUGACAGUGGGACCUUGUCGGUCAGGUUUGGCCUUAUGCGAGAGAGGCUGGGCCCAGCUCUUGCCUGAGGCAACACAAACAAGGAAGAACCUUUCCCCCCCUAUGAAAUUCCUUGAUGUGGAGGCGAAAGUUUGAGGAAGGACGAAGGGGCGGGCUGCUCAGGUCACCAAGCUUUGGAGCCUGGGAUAAACAGGCUUUUCUUGGUGUCUGCUGGCACACCAUACCUUUUAACCACAUCUCUUGCCACCAGCUCCCUGAGAAUCAUAGGAACUGUAGUCUACCCAUCACAGUUCCCAGCACCCUUAACAAACUAGUUCACAGGAAUCUUGGAGGGGGGGGGCUGCUUUAAAUGUUUGGUGUGUGCGCAGACUUGGCCACUGACCAGCUUAGGACAAGGGAUUUGCUCCCGUUUUUCGCUAAAUCAAGCUUUGCACUGCCUUGCUUUCUUGACCUCGAUGAGGGAAUCUUCUUAAUGGUGCAUUUGGGACUUGAGGACCAUUAUUCAUUAGGAAAGGUGCACUCAGUGCCCGGAGAAAUAAUCAAGGCCCCGCUUGAAAAUCUUUUAAACGGCAACGCUGAAUAUUAUACAGGCUUUCACCCUUGGGGUCAGGAAUGGGGGGCAGUCCAAUGAAAACUGGGCAUGCUCAGUGGCCACAGAAUGUUAAGGAGGGGUGGGGAAAUGGUGGGAAGGGAAUGGAGUGUCUUGGAAGGGGUCAUUGAUGGCUGGCAAGCAAGAAGGAAGGAAGGAAGGAAGGAAGGAAGGAAGGAAGGAAAGAACCGUGAACAAGAGCAGUCCACGCCACAACAUUUUAUGUAAGGUCCACUGGCCGGACGCUGAAUAUAAAAAAAGUGUUUCCUAAGAGUCAACUUUGCAUUAAUACUUUCCUGAACCACCAUUGUGGCCAAGCGCAAGGGUCUAGUUUGCUCCUGUGGGCAGGACAUUUUAUAUUCUCAGGAGCCUCAGCUUGGUUAAUAGUAUGAUGUAGCCUAGUACAGUGGUACCUCGCAAGACGAAUGCCUCGCAAGACAAAAAACUCGCUAGACGAAAUGGUUUUUUGUUUUUUGAGCUGCUUCGCAAGACGAUUUUCCCUAUGGGCUUGCUUCGCAAGACGGAAACGUCUUGCAAGUUUGUUUCCUUUUUCUUAACACAGUUAAUACAGUUGCGACUUGACUUUGAGGAGCAACUCAUAGAACGCAGUGUGGUAGCCGUUUUUGAGGUUUUUAAAGACUUUGGUGAUUUUUGAAGCUUUUCCAAAACUUUCCCGACACCGUGCUUCGCAAGACGAAAAAAAUCGCAAGACGACAAAACUCGCGGAACGAAUUAAUUUCGUCUUGCGAGGCACCACUGUAAAGGUAAAGGGACCCCUGACCAUUAGGUCCAGUUGUGGCCGACUCUGGGGUUGCAGCGCUCAUCUCGCUUCCGGGUCGUGUGGCCAGCAUGACUAAGCCGCUUCUGGCCAACCAGAGCAGCGCAUGGAAACGCCGUUUACCUUCCUGCCAGAGCGGUACCUUGCACUUUGGCGUGCUUUUGAACUGCUAGGUUGGCAGGAGCAGGGACCGAGCAAUAGGAGCUCACCCCAUCGCAGGGAUUCGAACUGCGACCUUCUGAUCAGCAAGUCCUAGGCUCUGUGGUUUAACCCACAGCGCCACCCGCGUCCCUUUUUAUGAUGUAGCCUAUCAUACCAUUAAUAUUGCCACCACCUGUUUGCAUUUGAAUUUGCUUUGGAAAAAGUGGUAGUGGUUUGAUUUAGACCUGGGGGACACAGGUUCAGACUCCUGGCCUUAUCAUGAAAUUUACUAGGGCAUAAUCUACCUUACAGGCUUGUUGUAAUAAAAGGAUGGGACCGUGUAUGCUAUUGUGGGCUCUCUGAGGGAUUUUAAUAGCGUAAUAAAGGAAUACAUGUGUUGUAUCUGAGAAUCUUCUUUGGUCUCUUCUCUGAAAUUGUCUCAAUUUCAUUUUCUGUCUAUGCUGCUUUCAUAAAUAUGUAUUUCUGUCCAUCCACAAUGACUCUCUGGAAAGACGAAGUUGAUAAAUUAGGUAUUUAUAAUACUCUUGAGUAAAAGAGGAGUUUGUGUCAUGCAGAAAGGCCAAAGGGUUCUGUGAAAUCCAACUCAAAGGUAAGACUUAAGGUAAACUUUAAAAAGGGAGCGAUCAACAAAAAGUAUUGUAAUGGUGCUAUAGAAAUUAUGACUUGUCCUUAUUCAAUAUGCAGUUUCUUUUUUUCUUUUUUAAAAGCAUUUACUUGUGAGUACAAUCCAGACAAUGUUUAAAGUCCCAUUGAGUUUAGGAGGAAGGAUUUAAGCAUGUAGUUAGCAUUCCUCAUUGAAAUCCACAGAGGAAUUUAAUGUCAAGUGGGAGUUCCUUCCAAGUAAACAUGCUUCACUUUUUCUGGAUCUUGCCCUUCCUGUCAAAACACUAGAAAUUUAGUCAUAUCGUGAAGCGAAUUGGCUGGCAGAUGAGGAGUUUCUUUGUGCAAUGCAUGGAAGUCUCUGAUAACCUAUGGAACUCGCUGCUACCAGAUGUUGCCAUUGCAGCUGGGCUGGGAAACUUUGAAAGGGGCUAGCAUAUUUAUAGAGAUGAUCCUUGGUCAGUGUCAAUUAGGCAGAGAUCAAGCCUCCAUGUUCACAAGCAGCCCAUCUUUGACAGCCAGACGGUGGGGAGGAACAGCAGCAAAUGGUUAUUACUACUUCCAGUGAAUGCACCUUUGUGGUGACCUGGGGCAACAUGAUGUGUGUUACGCUUUCAGAUCUAUGUGGGUCCGGGUUCAACCCCUCCUUCCCCUUAGUUCUGAAAAGAUCUCCAGCGUCAGACCUCCAAAAGAGCUCCCACUUUUUGCUCUCUUGGGUUUGGUAGUACGAAGAAGAAGACACCUCUGAUUGGGCUAGGUCCUUCUGUUGAUAAAUCUCUCAAGCAUGGGAGUGUCUGCAUGCAGAUGGUUGUGAGGGGUCCUCAAUGAGUUUACUCUUCGCAUCCUUUCCUUUCUUGAUCUCCAGCUUUUGCAAGCUCUACUUUCCUUAUCUGUCUUUCCCUCUCAGUUAAAGUUACUGAGCGCUGUGAGUUUUUUGGGUGGGUAAGGGGCUUCUCUUUUUAAAAAAUAAAAAAGUGAGAGACACUGUAGAACCUGUGGAGUUUUGGAGGGGGGGGGAUUGGAGCAUGACCUCAUCAAACACCCAACUCGCAUCCCCCCCAUCCAGUCUCAGUCUCUCUCUCUCUCUCUCUCUCUCUCUCUCUCUCUUUCACACACACACACACACACACACACACACACACACCUUAAAAAUCCCUCUUAAAGGGACAGCGCACAGCAUUGCAGAGAAUAUGUGUCAUCCUGGGCCGCCCACUUCAAAACGCAAGGUUAACUCAGAGAGUUUUUCCUGUGCCCUAUGGGGUUUUUUUUCUCUUCUUUCUCCCUUUCUUGGUUUUUUUUUUUUUUUGAAUGGAAAAGUGUGUGAGUCAAGAUGUGUCACCAUUUGAGAAAAAAAAACACGCGCCUAGACAAGAGCCGGGGUGUAUAUAAAGACCAAUUUGUAAGUGAUGUAAAACACACACAUGCACAUAUACAAAUACUGAACAGUUAAAAGCUGGUCUGGGCAACGUUUUACAAAAUUAAUUUUCUGUUCUCCUUUUACCCUUUUUUUUUUUUUAAAAAAGAUUUUUUUAAAAAAAGAAAAAACUGAACAAGGGGCAAUCUGGGAGAGUUUACAUUUAAUAUAUAUAUAUAUAUUAGUUGUGCCUUUUUUGUUAUUAUUUAUUUAUUUAUCUAUUUAUUUAUUUAUCUGUUGGAGAGGCUUUUGCCAUCUUGCACCUUUUUUGUGUGUGUACGUGUGAACUCAUCUACCUCAAAGGACCGAACCUCCUGCAAAAGGCAGAGAACAGGUGUGGUGUGGAAGAAAUUUGCAACCCAAAGAAAACUUUUUUUUUAAGGAAAAAUCCCACAAAACAAGCAACUUCCAAAUUAAACCUUACAAGAAUAACACCAAACUAAAAAGCAAAGGAGGACUUUUUCUCCCUUCCUUUCCAAGAAGAGGGAAUUUUAACUCAGGGAAAAGAGACCCUCACAUCGUCUCCAAAACAUGAAAAGUAAGUUUCUCUCUCUCUCUCUCUCUCUCUCUCUCUCUCUCUCUCUCUCUCCUUCCCACCCAAUGUUACGACAAAUUAAAUAUAUAAUAUGUAUAUUAUGCUGUUUAAAACAAUUUCCCACUGAGCUGUUGAAGACGUCUGUCUUAACAGCACCAUCUAUCUUGAAAUGUACAUAUUGACAGAUAAUGUAUGUUCCUCGUUCACUUCACAUGAUUUAUGAUCCCAUAAAUUCAAGGUUAUUGCUUUUCGUGGGGCGGUCGAUUUUUGUCUUAGAUACGCAGAUGUUUCCCUUAACCUUUGCUUACAGCCAGAACUUUCUGAGUCCUUGUUCCUUAGGAUGUACAAAUAUCUCUUUGUGGGGUUGGGAGGUUUGGGGGAAGAGGGAUACAAUUCUAAGUCUAGCUAGCUAAGUAUGAAUCAAUCUGUGGCUUGCAGAUCUACAUGCUUGCGUAUCCCACGAAGCUGUGUAUCUUCUCUGCUGGGAAGAUCAGCCACUUUCUUCAGCCACCUUCCACAUGCUCUUCUGCUUAGCCUUCUGUAGCCUUAAAACAUCCUGGAGGCAAUCUAGGCAAAGUCAGUGGGUUGUGCUCCAAUACUUAGAACUGAAACUCCUGAACCCAAGUUAUCCAUUAAUUUUAAUGUGUCUACUCUGAGUAGGACUAGCCUUGAUAGCCAAGGGGGGAGAAUUCAGCACUCUCGCCGAUUCAUCUUAACGUUGGCUGAACUGUGUGUCCAUUUGUCUUUAUGCACAGAUCUCAGUUAUUAGAGAAUCAUAUUGUAGGAGGGACCUCAAGGGUCAUCUAGUCCAACCCCUGCAAUGCAGGAAUCUUUGUGGGGCUCGAACCUUUGAACCUGAGAGCACAAGUCUCAUGCUCUACUGUUGGAGCUACUGUGUACUCUUUUCUUUUGAGUAGGUCUGUUACUUCUUGGGUAGAUGGGUAGAUGGGUACUUCUUGGGUAGAUGGGUACUUCUUGGGUAGAUGGGUAGAUGGGUACUUCUUGGGUAGAUGGGUACUUCUUAGCUAGAUUCCUCCACAUUUUCUUUCUUUCUUUCUUUCUUUCUUUCUUUCUUUCUUUCUUUCUUUCUUUCUCUCCCCUCUCUCUCCCACCCACCCAAAAUACAUAGUCAGCAUCACAGUCUUGCAGUCCGAUUCCAUGGAAGUUUGAUCAGAACUAAGUCCAAGGUGAGCAUGCCUAGGAUUGCAGUCCUAAUAAAACAUUUAACCUGGAAAAAACAAAGUGAUUUCCAAGGAAAGGGCUUUUAAGACCAAGGUGCAAGUGCAAGAGAGAACAGAGAAACAAAAGACCGAAAAGGCAAAAGGAGGGAACCAACAAGUAAUAUGUUAAGGGCGCUGGGAAAUGUAGUUUGGCGAGGGAUGGACGAAGUUCCCAGGAUUCCUUUUUGUGUGUAGGUGUGUGCUUUCAGUGUGUGGCGUCUAUGCAGUCCCCCGCAUCACAAACGUAGUUCAUUCUAAACCCCGUUUUUUGUAUGGCUGUGCAGCCUCUCAAACCAAUGGGCUCUAGCAGGAUGAUUUGGACUGGUGAGAGAACCUUUUCAAAACCCUCAUUAAUGCUAAAGCUUUGUCCAGUCAUGUGCCAGGCAAACCUAGCCUCACCUAUUGUAAAGACAAAAUGGGAAUAAUCCCAUAUAUUGGAAGUAGGGUAAGAUGAUGAGAUAAGGUCCUUCUACCCUCUAAUUGCAUUCUCUAUGAACUCAUCUCCCCACUAACAGGAGAUUUUCCCCAUGCAUUUUACCCCCUUCUCUCAGGUGACCUCUGUCUCCCCCCACCCCUGUGCAUUACCUGAGCCAGCUGCUUAGCAUCAGAGAAUCAUAGAGUUGAAAGGGAUCCUGAGGGUCAUCUAGUCCAACCCCCUGCGAUGCUCUAACCACUGAGCUAACUGCCUAGUUCUCAGCAGCACUUCCUUUACUGGCUCUUCAUUCAAAUAUGGGGCCAGGACCUAUUUUCACAUGCCACAUCCAUUAAGCUUGAUGAUUCGGGACAGACAAAGGGAAGUAGUUUCUCAUACACAGCAGCACAUAGUUAAACCAUGAAAUUGGCUCUCACAGGAUGUGGCGGUGGCCAGCAGCUUGGAUGGGUUUAGACAAAUGGAUGGAGGAUAAGGAUUUUGCUGGCCGCAACCCAUGAGGGCAUUGCAUCCUCUCCAGUAUCAGAGGCAGGAUGCUUCCGAGUGCCGAUUGGAGGCUCACAAGCAAGGGAAUGCAUACUAUUGCUGUUAUACCCUGCCUAUGGAUUCCCAUAAGCCACUGGUUGGCCACUCUGAGAACAGAAUGCUGAUUGAACGGGCCUUUGGUGUCCUCCAGCAGGGCUCUUAACCUUAUUCUUUUGAGUGCUGCAGCAAGCAGAAGUGUGAAUUUGAACACUGUAAAAGCAACAGCCUGCAAAGAACUUCAUCACAGUACCAUGCAUUUCCUGUGUGAAGUGAAUUGACCCCCCUCCACCGCCACCAGCAAAGCAGUGGUCCAGUUGCGAAGAAAACCAGAUCUGAAUUAGACAUAGACAAGCUGCCAUAAUUGCUGCCAAAUGUGCUGUUUUGUUCUUAAAUUCCGCCCCGCACCCCCCGAAUUAGGGAUCCAUGCAACUUCAAAAAUAUCUGAAUCGGCUUCCUAGGUGGAUCAGCUAAAUAUAAGGAUAAGUGCCUGUGCCAAUGCUGUCAGGUAGUUGUUGUGUUGACGCUGGGACUUGCCAUGAGAUCUGGCCAGGUCAGAUAUUGCUGAAAUGGCAGGAACUGCUCCUGAGCAGAGGCAGAAUGCAGAGGCUUUUAUCUUAGAUGGUAUGAAUGUAUUAUUAUACCAUGAUGAUGAUGAUAUCCUUUUUGAGUGCUUUAAACUGCUUCAUGUCGAUUCCCACCCCCCAUAAUUUGUCUAACGAUCUGGUAAGGCCAAUACACCACUUUUUCCAAAAACCACCUAGUAAGUUCAUGCAUACGGUAGGAUUUGAGCUGGCAACUAAAACUUGCUCAUCCUUUUGCCACUUCCCUAAACUAGAAAUGAGGAUGUGGUGCUAGGGAAUAAAAUAGUCUUCCAAAAAAAGACAAAAGGAGCUGCAUUGGUCCAUAAGGAAAAUAACAAUCCCAUGGUUGGUCAAUACCUUUAUUAGGACCAAUUCAUUUUGUGACAUUUUGUUUGGUCCUAAAUCAAAUAAAGGUAUUGCCCAACUGGAUUUUGGAAUGGUCUCUUUCCUCUUUGACCCUGAUUGGUAGGGACACCUCUCAUCGGAACCUGGUUGUCCCUCGCUACCUUAGUUUUCCCCUCCUUUGACCUUCCCAAGACCCUGGCAGGGCUUUUUGUUUAGGCAUAUAAAGUUGUUUCCAGCUAUAGGGCUUUUCAGAUUACUUUUCUGGACUGUUACAUAUCAACUGUAUUGGACAAGCUGCUUCUUAGAGAAUCCUAGAUGUUUAUAUCUUUUUUAAGGGAGAUUUCUAAUGCAGCAACCCUAGAUCUUAUAAACAUCUGCUUGGGAUAAACACUGUAGCUCCCCGAUUCUAAGCGCACUGGACUCGUUCUCACAUGCAUUUAUUUUGCUUGAUUACUAUAUACUUGGUGGCUGAACUGCCUCCAUUGAAAAGCAUUGGCUCAGGUGGCAUGAAAGGUCUAUCUGCGGCUAUAUAACUGUGAUCUGUGAUGUUCCUUUUAUACACACAAGGAGUCAUCCAUCAUCUUCCUCUUGAAGAAAGGCAUAAGUGCUUUCCCCAUUAACCUGGGAAAAAAGCUGACUCAUUCAUACAUACAUGCACCUAAAUCAUAGCUGUCAACUUUUCCCUUUUCUUGCGAGGAGUCCUAUUCGGAAUAAGGGAAUUUCCCUUAAAAAAAAGGGAAACGUUGACAGCUAUGACCUAAAUGCAUUGCUCAAUAUGUCAUCACUUGUUUGUUCAACCCGGAGUGACAUGCAGCUGAAUUGUGUGAACAGGCUCCAUGGAAAAACACUGUGCUGGGCCAAUGAGCAUCCCCUGUUGUGGCUGUUUGAGCCACGGUAAAGGUAAAGGUAAAGGGACCCCUGACCAUUAGCAUGGUACAGGUGGUCAAAUGGUGGGUGCGCAUGUGUGAACCAGCCAGGAACCCCAACUGUUGUGAUGAAAUUCUAUUUCAUUCAAAGCAAUCUGUUUGGCUGUAGGUAGACAGGAAGCAUAGCUUAGUGGUCCAGGAAGCAUAGCUUAGUGCAGGCAGAACGCCCCAGCCCCUCGGACCUCCAGUUCAAAGGACCUCGGGCAACAGAUGGCAUGAAAAACCUCUCUGCCUGAGACCUUGGGGAACCACAGCCAAUGAGAGCAAACUAGGCUAGGUGGACUGCUUCCAACCACCUUUUCUUGCAGAGAACCCCCAAGCACAACUUACACCCAUAUCUAUGGGCUGCGUUCAAUUAAGACUCAUUAAUUUAUGUGCCUAAGUUUGUCUUCUCCAUUGAUGUCAACUUGGAGCAGGACUGACAUUAGAUCAAAUCUCAUAACAGUGCUUCAUUGUUCUGAAAAUGACACUGUUUUUGCACAUUGGUUGUGCAGACCCAAGUACCCUUCAGUCUUCAUUCCUGGUAAACGGCAUUCCUGGUAACACUGGAAUGUUGAAAAUGCUGGACUUGCAGCGGCAUAAUCCUACAUAUGUUUACUUGGAAAUAAAUCUCACUGCCUUCAGUGGGGCUUACUUCCUGGUAAAUGGGUUUGGACAUUGCAGCUGAAUGGACAUUCUUGCCCUGCAACCAGUUGCAGUUAACAGUUGCCCAUGGUUGUAUGACAGCGCUAGGUGUCUCUUCCCAGUACCAGUGCCGUUUUGAAAAGUUACAAAUGUACCCUGCUAUUUCAGAAAGUGGGUUUGCUAUUGGCACAUUAUUUUUAUUGGAAUUAAAUGUUGGAUGUGCCCAUAUUACCAUGCUUGUGCUCAACCAGUGUUGCUUCAGUCAAACUAUUGCUCAGUAUUCACUCUUGAGUCUCCAGAUGUUGUCAGACUACGGCUCCCAUCAUCGCUGGCCAUUGGCUAACAUAGAUGGGAGUUGUAGUCCAACAUCUUGCUACCAAUGGGUGAAGAGCAUGGAGUUUGCUGUAGGUUACUAAGCAGUUUGAAAGAGAAAGUGGCAAAUAGUCCUCAGAAGAGAGUUCAGCUACUUCUGUCCUCUUGGGCAGAAAUAAUCAGACUAGCCCAAACCCUCUUUUAUUUUGACCUCCCCAGAAUUCCUUUUCAUUUUGCAUGCAUGAUGAUUUGUGUUCAUAGAAAAGCAUGGAUGUUUGAAAAGAGAUGUGCAAAUGACAACCCUUUAUUUCCUCACACACACCCUGGGGUUUCUCCCUAUUCUUUUCCCACCUCCUUUAGAAAACACAGCACUAACAACCUUGAACCCAGCAUUUCCUAGGAAUAGUAAGACACCCCGCCAGAAAUCACUGCAGUUUGGAUGCACCAUUUUGAUUCAAAAUGGCAUCUGAUUGUAUCUAAAUAUACACAGUUGUAUCCUACCCCUUGAUCUCAGGAACCCUCGUAUAAACUUUAGUUACAAUAUUUUAAGAGGUAUCUGAAUGCACAAAGAACAGAUAAUCAACUUUCCAAAAUACAUAUAGUAGAUGCAUGUGUGUGGUGGUAUACGUAUUUUAUACUUGAUCACCUGUGACCCAGUGUUUCCUAAUAAUAAACCUUAGAUCUACCUUCCUACAGUCUUAAGCCCAUUUUGGCUGAGGUGAUGGGAGUUUUGAGUCUAGCAACACCUGGAGGGCCACAGGUUCCUCAUUCCUGCCAUGCAGACGGAAAAACAUCCAAUCCUGAUUUUUUAUUUUUUUUAAAGUCACACUUAAGUCGUUUAUUUGUUUAUUUAUUUUCUGGCACCAGCUGUCUGCAUCUAGCUAUUGUUAUUGAACAUUUAUGGACAUUUUUAGUGGGCACAGUGUUUUUACAAUCCUUAUCUCAUUUAGCCUCACAACAACCCUGGGAGGUAGGUAAGAUGAUGGCUGCCUCAGAAGGUUGUUUACCAACGAAUGAGCUCAGGACCGUUAAGCGAUUUGUGCAUUACAAGUGCUCUAUAAACAUUAAGCAAUAUUUCAAGAUGAAGGGCAAACCUUACUUUAUGGGGAGACAGUGUCAGCAGACAUCAAAUUUUGCAGAGUGAGGCAAAUGAAGAACAGCCAUAGCCAAGCAGACUAAGAUGAGAAACAGGACGAUACUUUUUAAAUUUAAUAGCAGGGACGAAAAUGAAGUAAUUAAAUGGCCGUGGAAUGAGGUGGUUGCCUCAGGCAACAGGUUUGCAGGAUAUAAAACUGAGUAUGGGGGUCAACGCAACGAAGUGAAUGCUUGGUCAUAAUAUAAUAUAUGGAUUUGUGUUUUAUCAUUGGUUUGUGAGAUGACUCUGUGUGUGUGUGUGUGUGUGUGUGAGAGAGAGAGAGAGAGAGAGAGAGAGAGAGAGAGAUUUGGAUUUUCUGCCUGAGGCACCAUAGUGGCCCUGCAACAGGCUACCCAAAGAGUGGGUGGGCAUGGGGCAGGCUCCCUAUCAGGUCCAGAAUAAAAAGGAAACUGUUAAGAGUAGAUCUAGGGAAAAAGUGAAAGCAGUUUCACAUUCUGGGUGGCUAGGAAGUGUUCACACAGUGGACCAUGCAGCCUCUCUAGGCUAUCUAGUUAGGGCAUCCUUUUUCAGCAGGGGGUCGGUCCACUGACCCUCAGACCUUGUGGGGGGCCGGACUAUAUUUUGAAAGAAAAAAAUGAACAAAUUCCUAUGCCCCACAAAUAACCCAGAGAUGCAUUUUAAAUAAAAGGACACAUUCUACUCAUGUAAAAACACGCUGACGGUCCACGGGCCGGAUUUAGAAGGCGAUUGGGCAGGAUCUGGCCCCCAGGCCUUAGUUUGCCUAGGUAAAGGUAAAGGGACCCCUGACCAUUAGGUUCAGUCGUGACCGACUCUGGGGUUGCAGCACUCAUCUCGCUUUAUUGGCCGAGGGAGCUGGCGUACAGCUUCCGGGUCAUGUGGCCAGCAUGACAAAGCCGCUUCUGGCAAACCAGAGCAGUGCAUGGAAACGCCGUUUACCUUCCUGCCGCAGUGGUACCUAUUUAUCUACUUGCACUUUGACAUGCUUUCGAACUGCUAGGUGGGCAGGAGCAGGGACCGAGCAACGGGAGCUCACCCCGUCACGGGGAUUCGAACCACCAACCUUCUGAUCGGCAAGUCCUAGGCUCUGUGGUUUAACCCACAGCGCCACCUGUGUCGUACACAUGUGCUAAUUUGUAUGAGUUGGGGGAUCUCAAAAGAUGCAUCCUUCAACAACACCCCCAAACCCACUUACUGUAAUCUGCCUUAGUCUGAUUUGCUUGAUUCUCUACCCACCCCCACCCCUCCCACCCCCUGCCCUGUGCUGUAUUCCUGUCCUGGUCUACACAUGGCAGCAGAAUGCCAUUUUUAACUGCCCCUCCAUAUGAAAACUCACUGCAAAUGUUUGGGGGAGAGGGAGGGGGAACCCAAAACCGUAUGCACGGAAGAUAAACGUUCUGUCUCAGGCAUCUCCCUGCUGUACCCUGUUUCCUGCUUACGAGGAAAGCGUUUCUCCCCACCCCCCUCACAUGGGAGCAUUUGGAAAUGUGACUUCCUGCCUGCAACCUGAAGUGGUCAAGUCCAUUCUGCCACCUCAGCAUUCUACCACCACCUCAGCCUCGCCUGGCUCUGCUGCAUGUGUAGACCAGCCCUAGAAAUAUGUGUGAUAAGAGAACAAGAGUCUCCAAAUUCCUUGGAGUGCUUUUUCAUAAAUUCAGUUGUCUGCUCGGGGCUGACUUUAAUGGUUCUUUUCUGGGCCUGUCUUCUUCACCUCUGCCCCCACCCCGUCGGCCUGGACUGGACACAUUUUGCAUGCAGGAGGUUCCAGGUUCAAUCCCUGGCUUCUCCUAGGAGGGCUGGGAUAAAUAUCCCUCUCUGAAACCCUAGAGAGUCAUUGCCAGUUAGGGUAGGCCAGGAAGGUGGACUUGUUGUGCUCCAGAUAUGGCUGGACUGCAACUCCCAUUGUUCCUGGCCGUUGACCAUGCUGUGUGGGGCUGAUGGGAGUUGGAGUCCCGACAAGAUUUGGAGCAGAAGCCACAGGUUCCCCAUCCCUGGCAUGCAGCUAGAGGAGCCAUCCAUGGAGCCAGAUGGGCCAGUGCUCUGACUUAGUAGAAGUCAGGUUGCAUUGCACAUGCACACAUUGUCCUCUCCUUCCAGCACCAGUGGGGAGCAGGGUUCCUCCUAGAUGGUUCUGGGCAUGUUCACCACAUGCAUAAGCUUCCUAGAGCGAUUGCAAGAGGGCAGUCACAUGUGUCCAAGAUGCGCAUGCGGUAUUACCAUCCUGUGGUCAGAUUUCUUUUUUAAAGUUCAAAAAAAAGGGGGAGAAAACCUGUGCAAAAUCUCCUGCCUUUUGAUGGACCACUUAUCAUGAAUGCUACAUGAGUAGGAAGGGGGGUUGACUAGAUGACCGCCAAGGUCCCUUCCUGUGUGAUGCUAUGAUCUGUACUCUGAAAUAUCCAUCUCACUCUGGCUGUUUACCCACUGUCAGCUUAAAAUGCAACAAGGCCAUCUCUUCCCCGCUUCGUUUCAGAUCAUAUUUGCAUGUGGUCGUACAAAUCGGUAUGCUUAGGUAUGUUUCCAAGUCACUGUCUGUCCACACUAGUGGACAGAGAACAGGUGCAAAUGUCUCCAUAUAGCUUUGUAGUUUACGUCCACACUCCCAUUUAUCCUACACCCAGUGCGCUUUCACCGCAGGUCUGAGUAGUGGUGCGCACAUGAUGUUAGCCACAAUCCAUCUCUAUCCUGUUAUUUCUUAGGAUGUUGUACUGCAUUUUGGAUGCAUUUUCGCCUUAAAAAGGCACCCAAAUUGGAGGGAAGAGCAACCUAGGUGUGCUUUAAGCUGGUAACAUGAAUGCAGGUUUACAUUUUCAGAUUGGACGAGGGGACAGUAGUCUCAAUAAAGUACAGGAUGAAAGUGGAUUGUGGGUGAUGUCAUGUAUAUAAAGCAUCACAAACCAGCAGUGGGAGCUCCCUGGAUGCAGAGUGAAUGGGGAUGUGUACACAGCUCAAGUGUCUGUCCCGUGAGCAAAAUCCAUGAAUUUAACAAGUUACCCAAAAGCCUUCUGUAUUUGGGUCAGAUAUUAUGAAAUGGCAACAUUCAAUUCCAUGAAAAGAUCAAAAGCCCAAGUGCAUUUUAUAGCAAUGAGAGCCAGUCCGAUAAAAGAUAUCACUCUUUCUCUGCCUGACUUCCUCUCUUUCUGCCAGAUAGUUUUAGGAUCUGCCCUUUCCGUGUGUGUUUUUGGCAAACAGUUGCAGACUUUAAAGUGCCUUUGAGCUGAGUUGACCUACCUACAUUGUGUUAACAGCAGCCCCCUGCACGGGGGAGAAUGAGGAGCUUAACUCCUGAUGUUACAGACUGCAUGUUUGAAAGAGACACAUGUCUCUGUAGCCGUGUGUUUACAUAUCUGAUACCCAUAUGUAGUUUAAUUUUGAAAUUUUGGGUGUGCAAAACAUGAGUGGGCAUAACUGCUUGUGAGCAAUGUUGCCAUUUCUCCAUGUGCUGGUUUAGUCGAGUUGUGUGUACCUCAGCAUUGUGGCAGCUGAGCUACAGGUAGGCAGCUGUGUGUAGCUUCUUAGUGACAGUUGGAUGUCUUUGUUUAUUGUUAUUGUAUAGCUGCUGUUAUUGUAUAGCUGUUUAUCUGUGUGUAAGAUCUUAGACACAUGUUUCUCUAUGCCCCUAUAUGGCUGCUUUCAGCUUUUAUUUUUUUGGGGGGAGGGGGUGUCUUAUAUCACAAACAGGUUGCUCAGAUCUGUUUUUGUGUGUCAGUGUUUGGCAUGCUAGCCUCCCCACAUUCCCAUAUUUUAGCCCACUGUACAUGCCAUACCUUGAAAGUACAUGACUUCUCCAAAGAAUCCUGGGAGCUGUAGUUCAUUCAGGGAGCUGGGAUUUUAGCUCUGUGAUGAGUGAACUACAGUUCCCAGGAUUCUUGGAGGGCUAUAAUGUGCUUUAAAUGUGUGGUUGCAGAGACACUCUUGCAUACUCUGCAUUCAGUGCACUGCUGAUUUGAGAAGUGGUGUACACAUGGUGUUAGCCAAAAUCCGUAUCUGUCCUGUCAUAUCUCAUUAAAUGCCAUGUUUUGAUGCAUUUCCCCUCCAAACCAACUUCAAUCAAAAUUGAGGAAACGAACGACCUGGCUGCAUUUUAGACCAGUAAGGUGUACACAGCAUCUGUCAUGAAUACUCGUUGCUUUUCUGCUGUUCGCCAUCCACACCAGUAGAUGGCUCUUUACCAAAGGUGCCUGGAGUUGUUUCUUGUCCUGCCCGUCUACCACUUCUCCCCUCCACUACUUUCCCCUCUCGCUGCCUUCUUCUGUCCUGGGCAUGCAGGCCUUUCUACAGCAAAAUUUUCCUAGGAAGUGAUCAAGAACAAAUGUUACCACCCUUAGUUAUCAUGUUUCUCAAUUGGCAAAAUAGAGGCUUGUGCUUUGGGGCGGGAGGUACACAAUACUGUAUUCAUUUCUGGUUUGGUUUGGUUUUUUUAACACUGAGCUUGUGCAAGAGUGGCAUUUACCUGACUAAGACUUGCACAAGAGUGAUGAAGAGGCCUUGCGCAAGAUCUAUGUAUUAAAACUUGAAGAAGAAGCCCCAUCUGUGUAUUGCAGUUUCAGUCUCCCAUGCCCUAUGUGGAGAUCUUGAGAGAACAGCUCACCUUUACAGUUGUGAAGAUUCUGCAUACGGCAGUUGGUGCAAAUAGGUACACUGGUAGUGUUUGGGCUGCAGCAAACAAAAUUGCUAGGUUGUCCUCAGGUGAGGAGCAAACAGAAGUCGUAGGGGUGUGGCAUUAGAGGCCUGUCCACUGAAAUACCACCACACGUGACAAACCAACCACCCUGCCAAAAAUGCACCAAUGAGCUUCAACGGCAGCAGCCAAUGCAGAUUUAUAAUGGGUUGUUUUUGUUUAUCAGAUUUUCCACGAUAUGGAGAAAUCCAAAUUAAAUGCAAAGAAAAAAAAGGAAAUGUGCUAGAUUUUUAUUUUGAUGCUAACAAUGUCAGGUGGACGCUGCUCAAAACUUGAGUGCAAUUCUACAAUAAGCUCCCAUCUGGAAGCCUCCCUGUCUUUAUUUUUGGCUAAUAGGCUUUCCUGCUCUUGUGUGUUUGUUUGGACAUGCACCCAAAAUGCACGGCUGUGUCUAUGCAUCUGGUGCACACUUGCGCAUGCAGCCACAUGAGCAUCCCUCGAGGUGAGGUGUGUGAGCAACUGCACACACGGUUGUGUGUGGGGGGUGUGUUUGUGUUGGGUUGCCUGCUGCUGCUGUUGCAACCGCCAGUAUAGCUCUCCUAACUAGCUACACCUUUCACGCCUCCCCUUCGCUCCUUCUUUGAGCCAGUUUACGAGGCUUCAUCCUGCCAAGCUAGGGCUGUAAAUCCCAGAGCUGUGAAACCAACCGCCACCUGGGGGACUACAUGGUGCGCCACGUGACGCCGGCUUGUUCAGUCUGCUGUAGCUCAAUCCUUGUCUCUGUUGUGGCUGGGAAGUAUUUCAGGGCAGAAUUUCCAGCAGAAUCUAAGGCUGCUUGCACACCAUGCAUUUAAAGCACAUGACUCCCCCUCCCCCCCAAAAAAAAGAAUCAUGGGAACUGUAGUAUGUUAAUGGUUCUGGGAACCAUAGCUCCGUGAAGCACAAGGACUGUCCAACGUCCACUUUAUAUCUUGUUUUCCUGGGAACUUGCUCAGAACUUCCAGUGUGGCACUUAAUGGGGAAAUCUCCCAGGUAGAUCAGCACCGAGGGUCUCUUUGGCCAAAAGGCAGCUGAUAUAUAAAACUCGCGAUUACCCAUCCUUUCUGUUAUCCAAGUGCCUGUUCAAGCAUCGCCAGUCUUUACAUUGUUAACCUGUACCAGUAGCAUGUUUUAGGGGCUCAGCUACAAAAGCAAAAACAUUGCACGCAACAGAAACGUCUUUUCAACCAUGCACUCUGAGAAGCGGGGGCUUGCUGCCUUUGCCACCAUGUGCCACGCAAAACAGCACCGUCUGUUGAUCUGCCCAUCAACCCAUCCCAGCCCAUGUGCAACUUGCUCAGCUGUCUACCCCUUGCAUGGCAUCCAUUUUCAUGCACACUUACCUGCUGGUCCCCUCAACCUGCUCUAUAACUUCAUCUCUCUCCCAUCGUUCCCCCCCUCCUUGUGUGUGCCCUCCUGCCUAUUGAUCAUCAGAGACAUCUACCGCAAUAUUUAUGCAUGAGUCUCCGUGGCGGGCCCAGAAAUGUAUCACCCUGUGGGUUUAGCACCGUGUGUCACCUUCAUUGAUCUUUCGGCUUCGCUCACUCACAACAAGAGGAGCUGGAGCGGGUUCAAGGGUCAGUGGUUUUAAUGGCCGAGUUGGUUGAGGAAAGGCUGUUUAACAGAGUUCCAGUCUCGGUGCUUUACGAGGCAGUGGGUGGUGGGAGAAGCGGAGCCUUCUCCAGCCGCUGGCUUCUGAGUUUGCAGAGUAAACACGAAACCUGACCAGGUCCUUGGGCGAGUUUACCCAAUGGCCUCUUUUCUCUCCGGUAUCUUGUUUGUUUUCAAGUUCUUUCUAUUGCACCUUUCAUCACAAUAAAGCCAAAUACUCCAAUCGAGCAGCUAGCAAAGCCAUAAAAUAUGAAGGAAAACAAUUACAGCACAUGCUGUCAAUAUGAUGACAUAGGAAAACACAGUGACAUCAGGAAAGAGGGGCUGCCUUGGCUGGCAAUCAGUCCAAGGCCCCUCUGGUCCAAGAUAUAUUCUUCCCUUCAUGGAGGGAGGUUGCAUGUGGACCCACAGACACAUUCAGUACCUCUGGAACUGGAUUAUGUGAACCGGCCUCAGCGUAUAAUCAAGGAUUCUACCCUUGUGAUAACGACCAGUGCUAUCUAUGUUGCUUUCGUUCCAUCUUUAAAUGAUCCCGAUGUAUUUACUUCCCAUUUUGCCUCUGUUUCUUCGUCUUCUGCAAAGUCUGUUGGCCAUAUAUUGAGGCCAAGAAAGCAAGCCUUUGCAGGAGGAAAUGGACAUACACACACCUGCCUUGUUCACCAGGCCAUCUAGUGCCCAACCAUAGCUCAGUGGCAGAGCACUUGCUUGGUGUGCAGAAGGUUCCAGGUUCAAUCCCUGGCAUCUCCUAUUAACAAAACCCAGCAGGGAACAAAUAAUGUGAAAGGUCUUUUUCUGCCUGAGACUCUGCCCGGAAAAAGCUGCUACCAGUGAGAGGAGGCGAUCCUGGCCUAGAGGGACAAAAGCCUAACUUGGUACUGGGCCCCUUCCAAUACUUGUUGUCUAAUUCUGAGAGGAAAGUCUUCCCCUCAGCCCAGCUGCCUGAAAGCCCUUUUAAGUGGAGAUGCCCCAGGACACCUUGUGCAUGCAGAAACUGUGCUCUACCGCUUAGCUCAGGGGUCAGCAACCUUUUUCAGCCAUGUGUCCCUUAGACCAUGUGGGGGGCCAGACUGUAUUUUCGAGGGGGGGGAAUGAACGAAUUCCUAUGCCCCACAAAUAACCCAGAGAUGCAUUUUAAAUAAAAGGACACAUUCUACGCAUGUAAAAACACGCUGAUUCCUGGACCGUCCAUGGGCCGGAUUGAGAAGGCGAUUGGGGCGCAUCCGGCCCAUGGACCUUAGGUUGCCUACCCCUGGCUUACCUUGAAAUUGAAGGUCAUACAAUGCAGGCUGUUAAGGGGCAGACAGGCUGAAUGGAUGGAUGGGAAUUCAGGCAGGCAGCAGCCGGGUUUUAUUUAUAAAAAGAAAGGUGCUUUAAGCCUUCCUGGAACCACACCCUUUCCUAAUGCCGGCUGAAUGAGAGCUUGCCUCCUGUUCCUCAGUGUCGGAAGAAAUAGGGCUCUACGUGCAUAGGUGUGAGGUUGCCAGCUUUUCCCCGGAAGGACCCUUGUGUGCUAGGAAGAGCUUCACCGGUUAAAUUCUGGCCUGCCCUAUCUCUUUGCCCAGGCUGGCUUUCAAAAUGGCCACCUUGUAUAGCCUCUGGUACCUUUAAGGGUUAGCUCCUGGGGUGGGGUGCCUUUUUCAUCAGGCUGGUUCCUCCCUAGAUCCAGGGAUCUAGAUCCAGGGCCAUCCAGGGAGACCAGAGACAUGAUUGGAGUUCAGGACAUGCCCCAGUUAGGCAAAGGGGGUGGGUGGGUUGCAAGGCAGGGCUGGGGAGAUGGGGCUGUGGCUGGGGGAGAGGCUUACAGGCCACAUAGAGAGAAGCCCCCAGGCCUGAGGUCCUGCAGCCCUGUGUCAACAGAAGGGGGAAUUAUGCCAGGUAUGACCUCUCCAAUCAAACGCAAUGGGGAAAGUUACAUGGUGGGAUUCUUGCCAACAUGUUAAAAAGGAGGGUAGGCUGUUUUUUUCUCUAUUACUGAAGGGAUGAACUGACCAAGCAUGAAUAGAGGAGCACUGCAGAGCAAUUCCAGUCAAGGCACCUCGCAGUGCCAAGCUGUGCACAUCUACUCACAAGUAAACCCCAUUGAGUUCAGUAGGGCUUAUACCCAAAGAAGCAGGCCGGGGGCUUUGCUUUCAGCCCCCUUCAAAUCAUUUUAGCGGGAUGUGGGGCAGAAUGAAAUAGCUAUUUUGAAAUCAGAAUAGUCCGUUCUGCCCAUGUUGGUAUUGUAACAAUGGCAUUUUAGGCUUCCGGUGUGAAGCUGGGCAUAAACCCACUGCCAGAAUGAAGCAACAUUCAGAGGUUUUGCUGAAGAAUGGCUUGAAACCAGGGCUGCCAACUAAACAGGAACUGCCUACUUGGGCCGAUCCUAUUCUUUUCACACCCGCUUGAUACACAGCAAUCGGCAGGUGAAGCUUUUUGCAGCAUAGGGAUAAGUGUUAGCCCUUGAUCCUUGCUCUGUUAGAAACACAGUAGUAGGGGGAAUAGGGCCCAGUAAAAGAAAAAGAAAAAAGAAAAGAGUUGGCUACCAACCCUACAUGUCUCCGUAAAGAGUCGGCUUCUGUGAAAACCCAGCGAAGGAUCCAUGAUUUUAUAGCCACACUCCUAACAAAUUGACCUACUUGGUUGCACUGGCAAACUGGUAGAUGGUUUCGGUUCUGGGAGGCGAGGGGGAACCCUUUGAAAUCCAGACUUGAUUCCCCAGCUCCUGGCAAAGGGAAAAUAUGCAGUUUGCUCUCUAAGACAACACAGGAUGGCUUUUCCAUGAAAACACCUUGACUCACCCCCUCCUUUACCCCUCCCUCCUGCAACAGCAUCACUAUUUCCGAAUACCGACGGCUUCUUUUUUCCUUACCUCACGGCAAAGGCGCCGGGAUGACUCUGUCGCAGGGCAGGAAUUCCCUAACCCAACCAACCCCUCCUUCCCCAUCCUGCCUGCCAACCAGCUGUAUGCUCAGAACUCUUGCCAGGAGCCUUCCAGGGCCACCUCUGGGCCAUCCCUUGUUCCCCUCCGAAUUCCCUCUGCAGCCAAGCCAAGGCAUUUCCACACACACGACGCUGAAAAGUUGCAGCACCAUCCUCUCUCUUCCCCUGCCCCACACCACCCAUGCCCACCCUGCAGGCAUGAAACCUACAUUGACCAAACUGCACAUUUUGUUUUUGUUUUUGUUUUAUUUCGUCUGCCCUGCAGAAACUACAUCUGCACAUGUGGGCAGGGGGCAGAUCUACUAUGAAACUAAUGAUCUACUAUGAAACUAAUCCCAGAAGCAAAUUUGGCCCACAUUGCUUAAAAUUUGGGGGUCUAGUAGAACCAAUUUGAGGCACACAACUCAAAUGGUUUAAUUUUUUGUUGUUUAUAUUUCACCAGUUCCAAAAUUUGAGAUGUCGUAAAGGUAGAGUGUUGCAGUACAGCAAUUUGAAGCAAAAUCUGAGGGGUAGCGGUUUUGUUGUUGUUGUUUUGGUGAUCGUAUCAUCGAACAACCCCACUGGAGAAAAUAACAGUGGUUACCCAGACCUUGUUGCUGUUUGAGAAGAGGGCCCCAUAAGAGUCCAAGCUUCAGGGCCCCCAAAAUGUAGGUCCACCAUUGCAUGUGGAUAAUUAGCAAUGGGGGUGGUCAGAAGUCAGGCCGGCCCUACCAUGAGGUAGGCUGAGGUAGCAACAAAUCCUUCAAUUUAACAUAGCCUUCCCCAGGGGUGAACUACAGUGGUGCCUCGCAAGACGAAAUUAAUCCGUUCCGCAAGAGUCUUCGUCUAGCGGUUUUUUCGUCUUGCGAAGCAAGCCCAUUGACGGAUUAGCGCUAUUAGCGCUACCAGCUGUUUAGCGGCUAUUAAAGGCUUAAAGGCUUAGGGAUUAGCUGCUAAAAGGCUAUUAAAGGCUAUUAAAGGCUUAGCAGAUUAGAUAAAGGGGGAAGCGAAAAAAAUCUCAGGACUCGCAAGGUAUUUUCGUCUUGCGAAGCAAGCCCAUAGGGGAAUUCGUCCUGCGAAGCAACUUCAAAACGGAAAACCCUUUCGUCUAGCGGUUUUUCCGUCUUGCGAGGCAUUCGUCUUGCGGGGCACCACUGUACAGGUGCCAGGAUUCUUGGGGAGAAGUUUUAAAUAUAUGGUGUGAAUGUGACCACUUGGAACAUCUAAAACACACAGGUGGGGAACCUGUUGCCGAGGUCCCAUUUGCCAUACCUCAAUGACGUUUUUGCAGUACUUAGCCCCUUAGAAUCACCUUUAUUGCCCACACAGAGACACCUCUGUGAAAUGGGACUAAUUUAGUACUACUGCAUCAUAGGGCUUGUUCUGAGGAUGAAUGAACACAAUUGAGAACAUGAAGGUUUUUGGACGGAGGGUUGUCUGUGCUCUUAGCCACAGGGAUCAGACCACCCAAAGCCCUGGAGACAAAGCAGUUUAAAAAAACGGAAAAGAAAGCAUUGCAAGAAAAUAUUAUUCAAGUAUUAAGCAGCACAUAUUUCCCGACGCUUCCUCUCUCUCGCCCAGUGAAAAAAAGGGAAGAAGGAGUGGGUGGUUGAAUUACAGAAGAAAGAAUGUGUACAAAAAUACAUUUUAUCCCACAGCCAGAAAGUCCGUCUGUCCAACAUUCAGCUCCACGAAUAUUUUAAGGAAGUGGGCAAGAGGUCAAGGCUGGAUAGCAGGCAGGGUAGGGCGUAAUUUGAAUCCAUAACCUUUGGAGUUGAAAGUGGCUUCUGAGGAAAAGAAGAGAGAAGGGCGUACUUGCUAACAGAAUCAAGAUUUCGGGGACACAGUGUUCCAAAUUCUUCCAGCAAACCCACCCAAUAUUUUCCAGACACACACCUGUUCCCCGAACCACCAGACUUCUCCUUCGCUGAUAGAUCCCAGACACCUUGGCUCUUAAUCUCCCACUUUAAGAUAAUAGGACACCUGGUCUACACAUGCAACAGGAUGAGGUGGUAGAGUCCUGAGGUGGGAGACUGGACUGUACCACCUCGAGCUGCAGCUGGGGAGAAUGUUUAUUAACCCAUCAUAAGUAAACACACAAAGCACUUUACUGCUUUCUGUAUUAUUUCUAUUUUUAUUGCUUAAGUUUCAAAAAUGCAGCUAGAUGAUGAUGAUGAUGAUGAUGAUGAUGAUGAUGGUGAAAGGCUGUUCCUGACUGAACUUCUUUCCACUUGCAAGUGUUGUAUCUUCCUCUCUUCCCCAAGUUUAAAGGCCAGGCCAUCAUAGAAUCAUAGAAUCAUAGAGUUGGAAGAGACCACAAGGGCCAUCGAGUCCAACCCCCUGCCAAGCAGGAAACACCAUCAGAGCACUCCUGACAUAUGGUUGUCAAGCCUCUGCUUAAAGACCUCCAAAGAAGGAGACUCCACCACACUCCUUGGCAGCAAAUUCCACUGUCGAACAGCUCUUACUGUCAGGAAGUUCUUCCUAAUGUUUAGGUGGAAUCUUCUUUCUUGUAGUUUGGAUCCAUUGCUCCGUGUCCGCUUCUCUGGAGCAGCAGAAAACAACCUUUCUCCCUCCUCUAUGUGACAUCCUUUUAUAUAUUUGAACAUGGCUAUCAUAUCACCCCUUAACCUCCUCUUCUCCAGGCUAAACAUGCCCAGCUCCCUUAGCCGUUCCUCAUAAGGCAUCGUUUCCAGGCCUUUGACCAUUUUGGUUGCCCUACUCUGGACACGUUCCAGUUUGUCAGUGUCCUUCUUGAACUGUGGUGCCCAGUUCGUCCUCCUUCUAACCAUGAUCUUUGUCGCUUCCUCACUUUCUCUGCAGCAUGCUUGUGUCAGGUCUUAGUGGUGCUGCUGAGUCUGUGUGAGGCCCUGUGGGCAGCUCCGGGCCCCCGUCCAAAGCCUACAGACUUCCGAGCCGAAUUCGAUUCCAUUGUCCAUAUGGCGAGGAACCUGCUGAGCGACACCAAGAACCUCUUCAACCACUUUGUAAGUCAAGCGGCCAGCUUGAAGCUGCUUUAAAACAAACUAUUGGUCUACUUAACUCAGACUAUUGGUCCACUUAACUCCAGCGCUGUCUGCUCUGCCCGGGAAAGGCUCGCCAGAAAUCUGCCACCAGUGUUUCCCGUGAGCUGGAAAUGCCAGAGAUUGACCUUCCACACAAAAAGCAGAUGUUCUGCUGCUGGGCUAUGGCCUGCCAAAGAUGUGAGCUUUGGGUGGCUUCUAAAUGAAGUGGCAGUACAUUGACUUUUUUGCCUCCUGGCCCAAAUGAGACAGAUUCAGAAAAUGGCUAAUUGGGAGCCUUCCUUCUGUUUCCUUUUCCUUUUAAGAAGCACAAAUUCCCACUUGGGGGGGGGGGUCCUCCUAAGAGAUCUUAGGAAAAAAUAUGAUAUUUCGUCUUCUUGUUUUGAAAAUAAAAUAAAUAGGAGGGCCCUCAGUUUAUUAUUUAUUGGUUGAUGUUCCUGUUCAUUUGCACUAUUUUGUAGUCUGAUUCUCGCCGUUCCUCUUCCCUGUACAGAAAAACCGCUACCCAGCAGAAGGAGAACACAAGCUAGAAACGCUACCUGUGUUGUCCAUGACUGCGGUGGAACUUGCCAACAUCCAGGUAAAAGAGGCCUCCUCUUCCCUCUUCUCCCAUCGCCCCUGCCUAUAGCUGUCAACCUUCCCUUUUUUGUGGGAAAUUCCCUAAUUUAGCGCCGUUUCCCACUGCUUCCCGCUGCUAUCCCGGAUUGUUAGAUAUCCCAUAGACUGUACCUGGGACAGGUGAGGCUGCUGAUCCCUUAUUUUCGAGGCUGCUGAUCCCUUAUUUUCAAACCUGAAAGUUGACAGCUAUGCCCCCGCCCACUGGAAAACCAGUAGGUUCUCCUUUGCACCACAGCUAGUUGCCUUAAGCAAAAUCUCUCAAAGUGGCUGCUUUAGGGAAUACAGGCUUCCCAUGGCUGGUCUCACUGGCCCCUCGCAGUAGCUGCAGUUCUCCCACUCUUUGUAGGUUCUAGGUUUCUGCCAGGUUUAGUGGCUCCGGCUCCCUCACACAGACAGCCUGAGAUGACUCCCAGGCUGCGUACACAUCUUACAGCCACGCUUUGUACACGCUGUACAUUUAAAGCACGUGGCCUGUCCCAAAGAACCCUGGGGACUGUAGUUUGCUCAGGGUGCUGGGAAGCAUUGCUCUGUUAACUAUAGUUCCCAGGGGAAGCCGGGUGCAUUAACUGUGUGGCGUCCAACUUCUCUUGGCAUGACCCCCAUUUAACAGAGCUGUUUCUUGGUUCCCCUCUGCAGCUCCACUCACUCCAAAAUGGCUCCCUGGCCCCAAUGGUGCACCCAGAUUUUCUAUGUGGGCAGAGGAGGGGAAGAAACUUGCCUUAUCAGAUCUUUGGUACUGUCUGCACUGAUUGGCAGUGGCUCCCAGGGUUUCAAGAUAAGAAAUCUCUCCUGCCCUACCUGGAGAGGCUGAUGAUUUAACAUGGGAUCUUCCCCAUGCUGUAACCACUAAGCCACAGGCCCUUUCCCUAAUACGGUAUAUUUCCAGAAUACAGUGGUACCUCAGGUUAAGUACUUAAUUCAUUCUGGAGGUCCGUUCUUAACCUGAAACUGUUCUUAACCUGAAGCACCACUUUAGCUAAUGGGGCCUCCUGCUGCCACCGCACCGCCGGGGCACAAUUUCUGUUCUCAUCCUGAAGCAAAGUUCUUAACCCGAGGUAGUAUUUCUGGGUUAGCGGAGUCUGUAACCUGAAGCGUAUGUAACCCGAGGUACCACUGUAUAUGCAGACAAGGCAGCCUCUACAGGUGGCCUGCUUUCCUGCCCCACCAAAGUUCUUUCUCAUACAGCCCCUCUCUGUCAUGUUCCUCUCUCCUCCUCCUCCUGCAGGUCUCUGUAGGUCUGGCUCGGCUCAGCUCCGACUUGCAGUGCUACCAACGCCAUUUUGAGUGGCUGCGGAGGGCAGCCCCACUGCUGCUGAGGCCCAUGGAGCACGACAUCACCACAGUGCACAGCCGGCUGGAACGCCUCCUCAAAAGACUGGAGCACCUGGUAAGGCUUUGAGAGGAAGGAACAAAUCCUGGGGGGUGGUCCCAAUUGUGUGGGGUUGGCUAGAUGCACCUGCAAGGCCCCUUCUGGCUCUAUGAGUGCUUCCAGGCUGUGAUGCUUUGGGGUGGGAUUCAGUCCCAUACCAGCAAAAUCAGAUUGUGGGGUUAUAAUUGGUUGGGAGGUCUUGCACAGCAAAAUGGCUUCCCCAAAAGAUUGGACUUUUUGCUGUAAGGAAAGUGAUGGGGGAAAUGCACUGGGAAGCCUGGGGUGAUCCUUGCAUUGUCACCUUAGGAACAUAGGAAGUCGCCCAUCAUCAGAAAUAGGGAGGGGUUAAUAUGGGCUACCUCUGAGCUUCUUUCCUUGCUCCACAAUGUCACAACUCACCCGCUUGUCUGCUUCUCCCCCAGAUGACCAAGCUCAGCCUCUCACGGCCCAACGACCCCCUGCCAACCCUGCCAGCCCACGGCACCCACUGGUCUGUGGUUCAGGCAGGACACGCCAUCGUCCACUCAUUUCACCUCUACCUGGACUGGGCAUCUCGCGUGCUGGUUCUGAUCCGGAACAAGCUGUGAACGGCAAAGAAACUGAACCACCAUGGGUAUUUUGGAAAGCCUUCUCACGGACCUGGAACUCUUAGAUGCUGCUUCAGCAAUACCGGUGGAGGAGGGUGCAAGGAAGGAAAGAAAGUCUAUGAAACAGGGCGCCCCUGGAUUCCUCUUCUGGGGGGUGCUGCAAGGGGGGGAUGCUGAGACCUAGGGCCCACUCACACACCCUUCCUACUCCGUGGGGGGUGCAUCGUGAAACAAAAAGCGACUUCCCUUGCCCUUGGAAGGACUCAUUCUCCCUCAAGGCUUGGGGAAAUGGAAUGGGGAAAUGGGGGCUUCCCCUUCUUCCAAGGACAUUUUUGCCCUCUCCUGCUCCCUGUUAAGGGAACACUAUAAUCUGUAUGAUAAGCGUUGAUCUGUGUCAAGUAUCAGAGACCCCUUAUAGGUAUAGUCGUGGUGGAUAAUCUGCCCGAAAAGCACCUUUCCCACCACGAUUGUUCUUUCCCCAGCACUAGAUUUUGUGCUGCAGUCUAGGGCGCCCUCUCAGCUUGUGCCCCAGGGGACUGAGCAGUGUGUGUGAGAAGAUGCCGCAGUUCUGUAGGCCGCGGAGGGGAGGAGAGGAUUCAUUGAAGGUGGGAGGCUUGACCUCUCAUUGGCAGCCAUCCUGAUUUCAUCAAUAGCCCCUGCCAGUUUCUGUCCCUUGUCCACCUGCAAUCUAGUAGCACCCCAAAAGUGUGGCCACAGUCUAGCACAGAACCAAUGGUUUUCAGCAUUCCUCAUAUAGGGUGUCACUGCACCACACACAUGCAUAUGGGUUAAUAGGGUAAGUCAGGGUGGUUGCUGUUGUCUUUUUAAAGACGCUAACUAUUUUAAAGAUAAGAUAGCAUAAAGGGCGUUGGACACAACAUUUAAAGGGGGCAUCCUUCCCCAUUCUCACACUGCAAGGCAAUUCUUCUUCUAAGAUGCGAUAUCAUGCAUGUCUUGUCUAAAAGCAAAUGACGUUUGCUUUUUAUCCCCUUUCAAAACUAUUGUUACACAUAUGCAGAUUUAUGCAGAUUUCAUCAGUUAAUUAUAGCUGGACGAUCAAUCAAAACUCAAGAGACAGAAAAGCUUUUAGAAGUUUGAGGCACCUUUUCUGAAAAGAGAUGUUCUUGUAGUUGGUAGUUGCUUUAGGCAGUAAUGAGUCUUACCUUUUGUUUCAACCAUAGGCAAAAAAAAUCACACAUAAAACAAGCCAUGUUUUUGUUAAAAAAUAAUUUCAUUGGGAAGGAAAGUCAGAAAGUCAAGAUUGUGAAAUUAAUUUUCAUGCUCCUGAAGAAACAACUAAUCAUCAAAAGUUCAAGGCAGAUUUGUUUACCAGCAGCGCCCUCUGCUGGAUCGUUUUUGUCAGCCCAGCCAAUACUGUUGCCGCAGUGGGAUACAAAAAGGACCAGUUAAAAAACAAAACAAACAAAUUUCACCUUCAAAAGAGUUUUUGAAUAAAGAGUAUUAACCCAAUACGUAUCCUUCUGAAUGUACCCAUUUGAAUUUUGGCCAAACAGUUCUAUAAAAUGCAUUGAUCAUAGAAUCGUGGAAUUGUAGAGUUGGAAGGGACAGAGGGUCAUGCAACUCCCAGUCAUGCAGGAAUCUCAGCGAGAAAAUGCAUUACAGAUAGCGAUCCAUCUGCUUAAAACCUCUGCUUAAAAACCUCCAGGAAUGGAGAGUCCCAUCACCUCCUGAGGAAGUCUGUUCCACAGCCAAAUAGCUCUUACUGUCAUAAAGUUCUUCCUGAUGUUUAGUCGGAAUCUGCUUUCUUGUAACUUGAAUCCAUUGGUUUGGGUCCUACCCUUCGGAGCAGGAGAAAACAGGCUUGCUUCAUCUUCAUGACAGCCCCUUAGAUAUUUGAAAAUGGCUAUCAUAUCUCCGCUCAGUCUCCUCUUUACCAGGCUCCAUAUCCAACUCCAUAUCCAACUCCCUCAACUGUUCCUCAUAAGGCUUGGUUUCCAGACCCUUCAUCAUCUUGGUCCGCCUCCUCUGCACAACUUCCAGCUUGUCAAUAUCCUCCUUAAAUUGUGGUGCCCAGAACUGGACUCAGAACUCCAGGUGUGGUCUGACCAAAACAGAAUAGAGCAGUACUAUUUUUGAUGGAGAAGUUCAUCCCAUUCUUGAUACCCCUUCACGGCUGUAGUUAACCCUCCCCACUCCUGUUUCAGGUAUUUAUCAUGAGCCCUUCAUUGCUCCACAGUAUUUAUAAAGCCAUUAGGUUUCUUCCUUGUAAGUUAUUAUUAUUUUUUAAUUUAUUAUCUGUUACAAGUCUGGUUCAUUUUAUUAUUAUUAAUUA